AUGCAUGAAUAUUAUAACACAGCCAUGCAAUCUUUGCUGUAACCCAAUUUGGAUGUAUGAGUGUGUGUGUGUGUGUGUGUGUGUCACACACACAACUCCAGCAAUCUCUCAUUUUGUAGCCCAGUUUAAGGUGCACAAGUCUCUCGCGCAUUUUCGUGCAACCUUCAUUGCUAGUUCUGGGUGCACAAACAUUUCUGAGCGCCCUCGCGCAGGCGGGCGCAUGCACGUUGGAUCCCACGAAAGGAACGCGCUCCCCAGAGCCGCUAACGGAUGAAGACCUCGACGGUUGGCAAAAGGGGUGGGCAGGUGGGUUUCACGGUCUGGGGCCGAGAAAGGAGACCUGUUCAGGGGCGGGAAAGGAUAAUUUAGGAGGGGGAGGCAGGUGUAGUUAUAGCAAGAGAGGAGUGGCGGGGGGGGGGGGCAGCAGUAGCUUGGAUGUUGUCGGGAGAGAUAUUAGGAGUGAGGCCCGAGUGAGAGACGCAGACAAAAUGAGGAAAAGGGAAAACGUGGCGGGACUUUGGAUCAUUUGCGGGGCAUGCUUGCAUCCACAACCAAAAGCGCGGAAAUAGCAGCCCUUGCUGCAAUCCUAAACGCGUUUGCUUUGUUCCACGGAAAUCAGUGGCAUGUCAUGCUUUAUUAAAAAGCAUACUUGAGGGUGGCUGUGUGCGUGAAGGUGAUUUGGAAGAGUGGAUUGUGCCCCCGCACCAAAAUAAAAAUCCCCUAUUAAAUGCGGGAAAAACUCACCCCUUUUCCCUGGCCAUCGACACCUUCAGGGCCCACGCUAUUCCUGGUGGCUGUGCUCUGUUAAUUCUGAAUUUUAAAUUCUGGCAACCUGACCUAGGACGGGUAAUGAAUGUGAUAAUACGUAAAAUGGAUGCAAUCCGAAUUUACUCUUUAGCCAGGAGCGUAGAUGUAACGCGGGAUUCGAAGUGAGUCUUGGAGUGGGGCGCACACGUGCGAGUUUGCGCCCGGUUGAGGUCGCUGAGCCUUUACUCCGAGCAGGACAGUAGAUUUGCAGCCUUAAAAAUAACGUGUGGGUGUGGGUGUGUUUGGAUGAGAUACUGUUAGUGGAGGACUCCCCCCCCCUAAAUAAAACCUCUCCUGAACUAUCUUUCUUUUUUGUGGGGACCAAGGACAAUGGCCCAUUUACUCCCUAUCCCCUGUCCAGUGAAACUGGGGACGUUGAAGAGCGAAUCUCUUGAAGCUCGUUUGCACGAAUAUGUGAAGCAAGGCAAUCACGUGAAAGUGAAGAAACUUCUGAAAAAAGGUAAGGGCUGGUGUUGGAGGUGGGGGCAGAGGUAUCCUUCGGAGUAGGAUUUUGCAGGCAGAACUUCACACACACCCCAACUCUGGAGAGUGAACAGAAGCAGCCCCCCACCCAGGCCCCUGUUUCAGCAGAAUGAGGGGGGAGCCCCUGCUACCCCGCAAAAAGACCAGCCCUGCCUUGCCACAUGUUAAGCAUGAGGCUUUUGAUCUCAAGGUAGUGGGUUCGAGCCCCAUGUUGGACAAAAGAUUCCUGCAUUGCAGGGGGUUGGACUAGAUGACCCUCGUGGACCCUUUCAACUUGACAAAUCUAUGAUUCUAAGUGUCGUAGUAGGGACGUGGGUGGCGCUGUGGGUUAAACCACAGAGCCUAGGACUUGCCGAUCACAAGGUCGGCGGUUCAAAUCCCCGCGACAGGGUGAGCUCCCGUUGCUCGGUCCCUGCUCCUGCCAACCUAGCAGUUCAAAAGCAUGUCAAAGUGCAAGUAGAUAAAUAGGUACCGCUCCAGCGGGAAGGUAAACGGCGUUUCCGUGCGCUGCUCUGGUUCACCAGAAGCGGCUUAGUCAUGCUGGCCACACGACCCGGAAGCUGUACACCGGCUCCCUCGGCCAGUAAAGCGAGAUGAGCGCCGCAACCCCAGUCAGCCACGACUGGACCUAAUGGUCAGGGGUCCCUUUACCUUUAAGUGUCGUAGUACACUAUUAUCGUUAUUUUUAUAUUUAUUUAUUCAUUGCAUUUUCCCCUGACAGUGUCUCAAGGUGGCUUCGGGUAGGUAGUGUUGGUCUGCCAUAGUCAAAAUAAAUUAAAACAGUUCUUUAAAAAGAUGGUUAAAAAGACUCUUCUUAAAAAACCCCUUAAAAGAAUCAAGUUUUCGAAAAAAGUUAUAUGAUCUAAGAAAGUCUUUAAAAGAAUCCUUCCAAAAGAAUUUAAAAAUUGAGGGACAGUGGACUGGCCCCCUGCUGAAAAAGUUUGCUGACCCCUGGUUUAGAGACUAAAUUAAAUGUCCUAGUUGCACCACUGAUGAGACAGCUUCUAUCCCUUUACAUUUUUAGUUGUGAGGACUGCAUGGAUCUGGUUUCCAGCUUUUAAAUAAUUGGAAUCCCGCCCCCAGGGGUAGGAAAAUACUAUUAUGUAUGAAAAUAAACAACAUAGUAACUCCCUCUGUGCUCCUUCAGCCUGAUUAGGGUGAGGGCUCGGGGUGAGGUGUGAAAAAGACACCGACUGUGCUGCCUCUCACUUUGCAUUGAUCUAUAACAGCACUACUUCUUUUAAAUCUUACUGCAUUUUUCCUUUCUCUAUGGUGCUUUGUAAUGAAAUUAAGGUUUGUCCUAGGUGGAUUGUUUAUAGGUAUGCCUAGAUAAUGGGUUAUAGGAAUACAUAGAGAAUCAUUAGCUGUAAUUGCAAAAGGGAGUCUUCCUUUGGAGGGGCAGUCUGCCUCAAAAAAUGUAGGUCCUAUACUGAGGAUAUUGCAAAGUGGAAUAACCUUUACGCCAAGGGUUGAAGAACAGCAAGCAUGGUUGGGCGCCACAGGGGGCGGGAGAUAUGCAAAAUAGGAGGCGUGGCCCCGCGUCCUGCUUCCAAGGGGUUUUGCUGGGAAUAUAAUUGAAACUCGGUAAUUUCGCCCGGAAUGGAGCCACAGCGGCGGACAUGGGCGGGAAUAGCAGCCUUGCCGCCUCCGGGUGCAACAUUUGGGGGAGAGGGUCGGGGACGCGGGCGGGGAGGGGGAGGAAACCGAGCGGAGGCUGUUGAGCUACCGUGACUUGAGAAGCGGAGAGCCGCCGCCUGGCCUUUGAAGCGCGGAGUGCCGAGUUAAGACUAUACUUUCAGGGAUCAUUUCUAUAGUUUGUAACUAGAGAAGUGUACUCGAAAGUGAUUGGCCGCGGAAACCACGAGGAGGAGUCAAAGUGUUCUCUUCUGAGCGCGAAGCGAGCAGGCAGUGUUGCAUUUUGCAGCUGCUGCCUGCUAUUGAUGACCGUUCCGCCUCCUUUUUAUUAAGGAGGUUGGAGGGAGAGAACACAGACUGAGUGGUUCGUUCCUUUUUUAAAAAUGGUUGAAAGAUAGACCUAAGUUUUUGUUUGUGUUUUAAAACCUGCUUAUUUUAUAGUACAGGAGGAUUUCUCCCCUCCCCCAUUUUUCUAUUUAUAGGCUAUAUUUAUUAACUAUCUUGUUUCUACAUUCUGCUAGUGUUGGUCCAGCAAAUAUAAAUCUACUGUAAUACACAUUUCUGGGGGUGUAGGAGCUUAGUGGCAGAGCAAGCAUUAUGUUUGCUUGCAAAAGGACCCAGGUUAAUUCCUCCAUUGUUUGCUGGAUGGGUAUUUGCAUAUUGUCCUUUCUGAGUAAAGACUACUGGGAUAGCACACAAAGUAAUCUCUUUAAAAUUCUAAUUAUAUUCACAAAUAGCAAUACUGUACUGAUACAACAAUCUCAAUUUGCAUAUCCUUAGAAAAGGUUCUGCAAGUAAUUUUAUCCCAAUUUCUCAUCAGCUUUCAGCCUAGGUCACAAAUACAGAGGGCUUUGUUUAGGGGAGAGAUCUCCUGUAGAGCACACAUCCAUAAAUCCCGGAUCCUUUGAUGAUGAUGACUCUCUUUUGCAUUCAUCUACCCAGGAAGUUUAAAAUAUUUUCAUACAUUACGUUUAUAUCCAACCUUUGUUUAUCCCUUUCCCCUAUUUUAUCUUUACAUUCAACCCUGUAAGGUAGGUUUGGCUGGGACAUAAGUGACUGUCUUCAUAGCUGAGUGGGGAUAUGAAGCUUUGUCUUCCUGGUUGUUGUUGUUGUUGUUGUUAUACCCCACCCCCAACAGGAACUCAAUGAAGCUUAGAGAUAACAUCCAAUUCAUUACAUAACCACAAACAGAGAUAAAACUCUGUUCUGUUCCCCCACUUUCUGGUUCAAAUAUCAAAGUCAAGGAACAUUAUACAAAUGCACAGGAUGACAGUAUAUCUGUUAGCAACUAACAGAAUGUAAGAGGAGCCUGCUGGAUCAGGCCAAUGGCCCAUCUAAUCCAGCAUUCUAGUUUUACAGCAGGACUUGAGCACAAGCACACUCCCUCUUGUAGUUUCGAGCAACUGGAGGCAAAGCGGAGUCGUCAUGGCUAGUAGCCAUUGAUAGCCUUAGUCCUCCCACCCCAUGAAUUGGUCCAAUUUUACCUUCAAGCCAAUCCAAGCUCCUGUGGAAAUAAGUUUCACAGGUUAUAUUUAGCUGUGAGUACAUUAGCUAUGGGGACGCAGGUGGCGCGGUGGUCUAAACCACAGAGCCUCUUGGGCUUGCCAGUCAGAAGGUCGGCGGUUCAAAUCUGUCAAAGUGCAAGUACAGUGGUACUCGGGUUAAGUACCUAAUUUGUUCUGGAGGUCCGUACUUAACCUGAAACUGUUCUUAACCUGAAGCACCACUUUAGCUAAUGGGGCCUCCUGCUGCCACCGUGCCACUGGAGCACGAUUUUUGUUCUCAUCCUGAAGCAAAGUUCUUAACCUGAAGCACUAUUUAUGGGUUAGCGGAGACUGUAACCUGAAGUGUAUGUAACUUGAAGCGUAUGUAACCUGAGGUACCACUGUAGAUAAAUAGGUACCACUCCGCCGGGAAGGUAAACAGCAUAAACGAUAUUUCCGUGCACUCCUCUGGUUUUGCCAGAAGCAGCUUAGUCAUGCUGGCCACAUGACCCGGAAAAACUCUGUGGACAAACAUCGGCUCCCUCGACCAGUAAAGCAAGAUGAGUGCCACAACCCCAGAGUCGUUCGCAACUGGACUGAGCUGUCAGGGGUCCUUUACCUUUUUUUUUCAUUAGCUAUGGUAGCAAAAUGCACCCUUCAUGUGUAGGGGCUACCUAUUUCUAAAUGCACUGUGGUAAAAUAAGUGUGGGGGUUCAAUCCCUUCCAUGCUUGCCGAGUUUGUGGAUGCGACAGGUUUUGAAACAGGAUAACUGAUUAAGGCUGGGAUCCUGUGCAGGGGAAGAAAAUCCUCUUAAACACAGUUGGACUUAAUUCUGAGGAAAACAUGCAUAGGUUUGUUUGCACUCUAGAUGUACCUUUUAGAAGGAAAUCUUGUUACAGUAUUUACUACUUGUUGUGAGUGACACAAAGCAUGCUUACUAGGUGGUAAGCUCACAGGUGUAGCUGGGGGGGGGCAGCUGCUCCCCCUAAAUCAGUACAUAUCAAUACAGAUCUGAGGUUCUGCCCUGCCCUAACAAAAGCCUUCCCCCAACCCCAACAAAAAUCCUGGUGACAAUAGGAACACCUCCAGUUUGCUAAGCGUGUGAGAAGCCCUUGCACGCUGCAAUACUGCAAUAUGCAUACAGUACUGAGGAGGAUACCUCUGUAAUGAUACUUAUUCCUUGGCAAGUGUGUAUAGGAUAUAGAGAGCAGCCAGUGGUGUAGCGUGGGGGGUGCAGGGGGGGCCGGCCGCACCGGGCGCAACAUCUGGGGGGGGGUGCACUCGCACUCACAGCUCUCUGCCCCUACCUGGCUCACUCACUCUCUCACUGCAGUGCUGGCUGUGCGAAUCCGAUCCGAGCCGCUGGGUCGCCGCCCACUGUGGAGGGGGUGGGUGCCAGGCGUGCGGUGCGGAGAGAGAGCGAGGGACUAUCUGGGGGAGGGACAGUGCAGCGGCCGCCCAGCGCAGCGCUGAGCGCGGGAGAGAACCACACCAGACCAGCCCAGGCAGCAGCAAGAAGAAGCUGGCAGCGGCGGCAGGUUAGGGGGCGCAAAUUACUUGCCUUGCCCCGGGUUAGGGGGCGCAAAUUACUUGCCUUGCCCCGGGUGCUGACAACCCACGCUACGCCGCUGAGAGCAGCUGUAGAUAAAUAUCUCUAUGUAAAAACAAAAAGUGUACCUGAUUCCUGAUACCAUUUUCCCCUUGAGGUUGUAGGAGUAAGGGAAAGAUGUCGACUUGCUUUCUCUUCCUCUAUGGCAUUCCUACAUUACCGUAUAUAAAAGCAGCAAUAGUAAAUAACGUAAAUUAAGAAGUAGAAUAAUAAAUCUUACUUGGAUCGAGGCUUAAGGAGAGACGAAAACGCGUGGCCUAUUUUGAGGGGCGGGGACUAUGCAAAAUAGGAGGCGUGGCCCCGCGUCCUGCUUCCAAGGGGUUUUGCUGGGAAUAUAAUUGAAACUCGGUAAUUUCGCUCGGAAUGGAGCCACAGCGGCGGACGUGGGCGGGAAUAGCAGCCUUGCCGCCUCCGGGUGCAACAUUUGGGGGAGAGGGUCGGGGACGCGGGCGCGGAGGGAGAAGGAACCGAGCGGAGGCUGUUGAGCUACCGUGUCUUGAGAAGCAGAGAGCCGCCGCCUGGCCUUUGAAGCGCGGAGAGCCGAGUUAAGACUAUACUUUCAGGGAUCAUUUCUAUAGUUUGUAACUAGAGAAGUGUACUCGAAAGUGAUUGGCCGCGGAAACCACGAGGAGGAGUCAAAGUGUUCUCUUCUGAGCGCGAAGCGAGCAGGCAGUGUUGCAUUUUGCAGCUACUGCUUACUAUUGAUGACCGUUCCGCCUCCUUUUUAUUAAGGAGGUUGGAGGGAGAGAACACAGACUGAGUGGUUCGUGCCUUUUUAAAAAAAUGGUUAAGAAAUAGACGGAUAUUCCCCUACAUCCUCAUUUUUUAAUUUGGGUUUAUACAGUAUAAUACAAAUCAUUUUCUGCCUUAAAGAUUUAAAUUUGUACUUUUUUACUUUUUUUCGCAUAUUGGAUGCUUUAUCUGCCCUGCAUUCUACCAGGCUUUAGUCUUAUGAAUAUAAAAAUGAAAGAUACAUUCUGCAUUCAUUGGCUGCCUCAAGAGGGAGUGAUGAGAAACUCAGCGUAUUUUCAAAUCCAAAAUGUUAAUAGAAAACUAGCUCUGAAUGUAUAGUGUAGGUUGUUUUGAAAUAAUUUAGUAUGAUAUGUUUUUGUCACUGCAAAUAGUGUUUUGAAGCUCAUGGUUUGAGGAUUUAUAGGAGUUGUGGUCUAAACAGUGGUUUUCAACUAGUGUGCUGUGGCACCCUGGGGUACAUUGAAUGAUGGUCAGGGGUGCUGUGGCCAACACUAGUCUCUGUUCCUCUUUCUCCUCCCUCCUCUGAUGUCUUUUGGCAUCUCUGCCUCCUAAAGGCUUGCACAGCUGUUUAUUGCAGCAGCCCUGACUAUAAGCUCCACAGGCAAAGUGUGCCCCUGGGAUUCACCUGUUUUUGGGGUGGUGACGGGAGGGGGGCAGCUCAGAGAUCGGGGGCGGUGGCAGCAGCAGCUGCACAGAGGACUCCCAAGGAGAGGGGAGAGGACAGGAGGCUGAGGGAGCACUCCACAAAAUGGGGGUGUUCAAAAAAGGAUGAGAGGCUGCCAGCUCUGCAAGCAAGGGGUGACAUAACUGGGCUCCUGAGCUCCGCAGGGUUGCCACAGAAAGAAGGUAGUUGGUCCAGGGAGCUGUGGACUCAAAAAGGUUGAACACCUCUGGUCUAAAGUAUCCAGAACCCAUCAGGUCAGCUAAGGCAGUCCCGAGUCUUCUAAGUACCCAGGAAUACCCUUAAUUUGAGGCCUUCCAAUACAGUUUGUUGAAGAAAGAUCUGUUUAGUGAAACUGCCACUCUAUAUUACAAAAUCAAUGUGCCCCAGCUGGGCUGGGUGUGUGGGAAGCAGUGUUCUCCCCCACUCCCAUGCUAUUCUUGCAGAUAACUGUGUUCACAUGUAGGAACCGUAAUCAAAUGUAGCCGGGUCUUGUUAAGCACAAGGAAUCAAACUGUUCCUUAUGAGUGUGAAGCAAGUGGGCGGUGUUGUGUUUAUACAGCUGUUGUUCCCUGCUUUCAAUGACCCAUUCUCCUUACUUGUUCAGAGGCUAAAAGGGCAAAGCAGAGACUGCUUAUUUGCUUCGAAAAUGUUUUAAAAAUAGAUUUUACAUACGUACAAAUAUACAUAAUUUGUAUGCUGCCUUUCCACACUUCAAAUCAUGCUCAAUGUGUCUUACGUGAAAAAGGAACAUAACUACAACAUAACAAAAGUAGUUAUAAAUGAUAAAACAUUUUUUUAAAAAAUACACAUCCAAACUGAACAAUUUUCACAUAUAUCACAAAAAACCUUAAACAAAAAUACAUAAAAAACCAACAGCACCAGAUCUCCUUCCAACAACAAAACUCCCCAGCCCAAGAGUCUGUUCAGCAACCUUAGCUUUCGUAGCUGCAGUCAGGGUCUCACCUUCCUAGGCAAGUUGGAAGUGGCUUUCAAGGCAGGGAACAGGUGUUCCUACUUAAAUAGGUGGUUUUGUAUGUGACACAAUCUGCAUUUCUUUUUUUCUUUUUUUAGAAAUAAGUACAGUAAUGUAGAAUUACUUCCUUUUUGAAGUUUGAAGUCACAUUAAAUGUCAGUGGAUGUUAGUAACAGGUCAAGCAUACAGCUGGAUAGUAGCAGUGCAAUGAGUUCAUGUGUGUUUAGGCUAUUCAUUUGACGCGUGUGAUACCGGUAAUUUAGAAAUAAAUCCCCUUUGGUUUACUUGAAUUUAUUCCCAGAUUAAAUGUGCAUAGUACCUCAGUCCUAGCAUUGAUAGUGCACUUUAAAAAAAAUUACUCAAGAGCAGUGGAACUCCAUACAACAGUAAGGUGGUCCAGAAGACAUUUUAUUUCUAUAUUGAAUCAGGUUGGCUUCUGGUGGAAAACUGCUGGACUACAUAGACCUUUGAUUUGACCCAGCAGGGCUAGUCUAAGAGUCUUGGGGGGGGGGGGUGUCAAGACAUUGCCCUGAACCAUAAGUGGUGAUUCCCACGGAACUGUGGCUGCGCUCAGCCGCUCCAGUUUCCCAGAGUGGAGCGGGUAAAAUUGCUGUUCUACCUGUAGGGUAGGGGCUGUUGUAACGAUUUACGCCAUUGUGAACUUAUUUGAAGAAUGCUAUAUGUAUCCUGAUAAGGACUGCAGGACUUUCUUCGAAAGUAAGUUUGUAGUAUAUAGGAUCUCUCCAUUAAGUGUUUGACGAGAAAGUUGAGUCAGGGAUCAGUUGCUUCCCUGCGGAGUCUCUUUGCAACACGAUCAUUUGCGUGUUUUACUCAAGAGCAGGGCUUGCUGGGGCGGCGAAGACUAGGACUCCCUCCACCCCCGCGGACUGUCCGGCGGUGACACAGUUAAGCUGCCUGAGCCAGGGAGAGUGACGUCGUGAGGGCCCGCCUCCUCUAGGUAGCCGCCUGGGUUUGAAGAGCCAGUAAGCGAACUGCAGGCUGCCAUGUUUAGAGGAGACUCAAGCCCGGCUGUGAUUGGCCGCUUGGGUCCCGUAUGCAGAUAGAAAGCGAGAGGGAUUCUGGUCCACCGCCGAUACCUGGCCAAAUACCAACUUAUAAAAGCAUUUCUUUUAAACUAUCCCGAGGGGGCUUGAAUUCGCUCGUUUUCUGUCUUAAGAAUCAAAAGUCGCGCAUGUUUUCGAUGGGUUAGAAAUCGGUCGCAGUGACUUCGAGAGUGGGUCGAGGCAACCAGGCUCUGGAGCCGCGAAUCGUUUAGUUAAGACUAUACUUUCAGGGAUCAUUUCUAUAGUUUGUAACUAGAGAAGUGUACUCGAAAGUGAUUGGCCGCGGAAACCACGAGGAGGAGUCAAAGUGUUCUCUUCUGAGCGCGAAGCGAGCAGGCAGUGUUGCAUUUUGCAGCUGCUGCCUGCUAUUGAUGACCGUUCCGCCUCCUUUUUAUUAAGGAGGUUGGAGGGAGAGAACACAGACUGAGUGGUUUGCGCCUUUUUUUAAACGGUUAAAUAUUAGCUCUUAAAUAUUUGGUCCUUUUUAAAGAGGUUUCAUAUUUUAAAGUUUUUUUUAUUCUUAAUAGAGUGUUGUUUCCUUUUGCUUUAUAUGUUUGGCAUUAUUUUGUAUCAAAGAUACAUCCGUCUAAUAUUGGUUAACCUUGCAAUUUCUCCAUUGUUGGUUAAAUGCCUAUUUUGCCCUUUCUGAAGAAGUUUGGGUUAGUGCAUGUGGCAAUCUGGUUAAAAUUCUAAUAAAGCCAUUCAUAUUAGUUUUUCUGCAUAAUUUAUUGCAUAAUUUGAUUUUAAAAUAAUAAUCUCAAAUCUGUUUACAAAAAGUAAUAAACGAAUGAAAUUAUUGGUUAUGUCAUGUAUUGUUCUUCAUCUGAGGUUGUAUUUACCUCAUUUUAAGACCUGCCAAGGAACAGAUGAUUGUUAUUAUGUCUUCAUAUGUAAAAUCAGAGAAAUUAAGGAGAGUGCUUUUUCUUUUUCCCAUGACUGUAGCUUAAUUUGUGAUCUGCCCUUAAUGGUGUGCCUCUGGCUGAUUCAUUGCAGAGGGUUGGAGAAGGGGAAGGGCAGCUUUUGUGGGACCUCACACACUUAGGGAAAAUUUGCCCUGGGGAAGUGGAACGAGGAUGGCAGUAAUUCUCUCUCCCCGCCCCCCAUUCUUAUUUUUAUAGGAAUCAGUGCUGACUCGAUUAACUCAUUGGGGCAGACUCCCCUAUUCACUGCUGCCUUGCUUGGUAUUGGGAAAGUUGUCAGCGUUCUUUUGGAUUAUGGUUCGGAUCCUAAUCAGUAAGUACAAAAGCUACAUUUUUGUUGUUAUAGGGAGACAACUUUCUGGGUUUUAAAAACAUCCAGAGGUGUGUAGGUUCUCCUCUACAUGUAGAUCUGCAGAAAUGGAGAAAAAGCAAAAAAGCGUGUUUUCUGAUGAUAGGUUUUCCCCCCCAUUCCCUUUGAAAAACAGUCAUUGAGACCCCAGGGCUGCAAAACUAAGCUGGAAAGUGUGUGGGAAAUGCCUUGCAAUGAAUGGCCUUCCCCAGCCAGGCACGCUUCCGGAGGUUUUGGGCUACAACUCGCAUCAGCCCCCGCCAGCAUGACCCGUGGUCAGAGUUGAUGGGAGUUGUGGUCAAAACUAUCUGGAGAGUGCCAGCUCAUUGACAGUAUCUGUGAGGUCCCAGAAAACCUGCAAUACUAUUUUACUUCGUUUGCAUAACUCACUCAGCUUGCAGAAUCCUAUUUUUAUUUGAGCAGGAUUUGGAUUACCCUUGGCACAAGUGUAGCUAUUAUUUUAUUAUUUAUUAAAUUUGUAUACUGCCCUUCAUCCAAAGAUCACAAGGCAGAUCACAGCAUAAAAAUGCGAGAUAAAAACGGGAACAAAAAUGAAGUGAAACAAUACCCCUACCCCUACCCCGAAACACAUUUAAAAGGCCGUAAGAUGUUAAUCAGCCUUGAUGUAAGCAUUUCUGCAUUUUGUUUUUAAGCCCAGAGUCCACCUAGUCCAAGGAAUUGCUUAUUGAGGUCUUUGGGGGCCCUCCGAUCAGGACUUCUAAGUGCUCUUGUGUUCCUUGUUUUCUCAGCCGCUGUCACGAUGGGAGCACUCCGGUCCAUGCCGCAGCUUUCUCAGGCAACCAGUCAAUCCUCAGCAAACUGCUGGAUGCGGGUGGAGACCUGCGAGUCCAUGACAGGAAUGGGAGGAACCCGCAGAGCUGGGCUGUGACAGCUGGGAAGGAGAGCAGCGCUCAGGUGUGUGGGCGGCUAGGGCCUUUCGCCUCUUGCUUACCCCAGAAGCUUGCCCCUGUGUGCACAAAGCUCCACAAAUGCCUCCUCCAAGCAGAGUCAGCCUUCCAUUUCCUGCAGGCAGCAGGCAGUGUUGCUUUUUUUGAUCAUGUGUGGGGGUGCCUGUGGGGCCCCCCCAUCAGUUAUUGCUGGGCUCCAGUUCUCAGCAUCCCCAACUGUUGGCCCUGUAAGUUGCAGGGGAUGGUAGGAAUUGGAGUCCCAGCAACGUUUACAUGACUUCAGGCUCCCCAUCCCUGACCUUGCAACACUCCCAGCCCAAAUGCUUUUAUCCAGAACUGUUUAUUUGUUUCUAUGACAAGGGUCAUGGCUCAGUGGAAUAAAGCACCUGCUUUUCAGUCAGAAGGUCUCAUGUUCAAUCCUUGGCAUCUCUAGGUAGGACUGGGAGAGAUCACGUCCAAAAUCAUGGAGAGCCACUGCAAGUCUGCCCAGACUGAUGUUUGGCACCACUGGAUAGCUCAGUUGGUUAGAGCAAGUGCUGAUAAUGCCAAGGUUGCAGGUUCAAUCACCAUAAUGGACAUCUGCAUUGCAGGGGCUUGGACUACCUUUCUCAACCUGUGGGUCCCCAGAUGUUGUUGAACUACAACUCCCAUCACCCCUAGCUAGCAAGGCCAGAGCUGAGGGAUGAUGGGAGUUGUAGUCCAACAACAUCUGGGGACCCACAGGUUGAGAACCGCUGGACUAGAUGAUCCUCAGGAUCCCUUCCAACUCUUCAAUUCUACAAGGCACUUUCUCCCUUCCAUCCCUAGUUGCUUUCAAGGUUUGCGCUCAAACUCAGGCGUCUUUGCCGCCACCAACCAUCCCUGGUGGCGGCGGCUUCUCCUCUUCUGUUUUGCAGAUGCUCGAGUUCAUCCAGCGAUGUACAUCCCACAUGCAGGCGAUUGUGCAGAACUACUCCAUAGACUUGCUGCGGAAGGUGGACUCUCCCAGAGCUUUGGUCUCUAGCCCCUCCAAGUUUGUGGGCAUCAAGCAAGGGUGAGUGCCUCCAGCUGUGACAGUGAUGGUGGGGAGCGAAAUCGUUUCUCCCUCUUCUAAACAUUAGGAAGAACUUCCUGACAGUAAGAGCUGUUUGACAGUGGAAUUUGCUGCCAAGGAGUGUGGUGGAGUCUCCUUCUUUGGAGGUCUUUAAGCAGAGGCUUGACAACCAUAUGUCAGGAGUGCUCUGAUGGUGUUUCCUGCUUGGCAGGGGGUUGGACUCAAUGGCCCUUGUGGUCUCUUCCAACUCUAUGAUUCUAUGAUUCUAUGAUUCUCUUCCUUUCCCCGCACACCAAACGUUUGUAUUUUUAAUAGAGGCUUGUAAACACUUGGGAAGUGCCCUUGGUUCCUCCGCAGAGAAUGGCUGCGACAUCAUUCUUUCUGCCUCAUGUGGUGGAAAAGCAGAACUGCCCACAUAAAAGCAAAAAGGAAGCCCAGAUCAGAAGCAAAUAAAAUCCGAAAUCUGUCAUUGGGUAUUAGCAACAAAUCUCCAUUUGUAUCUGUGCUGGCUUUGAAAUUGUGCCCAGUACAUGCAGUCUUUUUAUUGUGUUGUGAAAUUCCUUUCAGAUGCUUUGUAUGAAGUGUCUAGAGACUCUAAAUUUCAGGGUUAUGGGUUUGAGCCCCUCAUUGGGCAAAAAAUUUCUGCAUUGCAGGGGGUUGGACUGGAUGACCCUUUUGGUCCCUUCCAAGUGUACAAUUCUUUGAUCUUAUGGUUAUAUGAGAGCUAGUGUGGUACAGUGGUUAGAGUGUUGGACAAGGACCUGGAAAACCAGGGUUCAAAUUCCAGCUCAGCCAUGAAGCCCACUGGGUGACUUUGGGUCAGUUGCUGCCUCUCAGCCUUAGCUACUUCAAGAGACACCCCUUUCCCCCUUUAUUUUUUUGUCCUUCAGGACAGCUGACAAGAUUCUGAGACGCGGGAGCAGUGCCCCCCAAAACAUUUACAGUUUUGGCUUUGGGAAGGUAAAUAUGGUGGAAGGGUCCAGGACGCAACAGGAUCUCCCUGUUCCCCUUGAGCCAAGGUUGUAUCUAGAAGAAUGAAUUGGGAACAGCUGGUGAAUUUUUUGUUGGGAAUUCAAAAAGUAUAUCCCUGUUAUGCAAGUCUUUAGCGCAGCGUGUGGCUUCUGGUGGUGAAAGAGCAGAAUCUGGCCAGUGGAAAGCCUUGAGCCCAGGGGCCAAAUGCAGCCCUCUGGGUCUUUCUGUUUGGCCCUUGAUAUUCUCCUGCCCUCUUGUCUGUCCUGCUCUGCGCCUUCUUCAGGUGCUUUUGCCUGGCUGAGUGUCAGGGCUGGGACAAAGGCUCAGAGCCUGGGACGACGAGCAGUCAGAAAGGGAGAAGAGGAAGUAGAGUGGGGGGAGGAGAUGUCGGAAGCUGAAGAGGUAACAGGGCUUAGUGAGCAGGGGGAGUCUGUGGCAGAGAGAAGUCCAGAAUUAGAGGCAGAAGCAGAGGAUGGAGAGGAGAGGAGGGGGGCCAAGAGGCAGAGUGGAGGCAGGCUUCUGAAGAAGCCAGGGGGUCUCCCCCUCCUGCUGUGACCAGCUCCCCUUCCUCUGGUCUCCCAGGACCAGAAGAGGUGUGAAGAGGGCAGAGCAAAGACAGACAAGACUUCUUCAUCUCAGAUUACUUGGGAAGGACCAGGCGGAGGAGUAGACUUAGGGAGCUGUGGGAAGGUGGGGACCUUCAGUCCUCGCAAUUGCCUCAUUGGGGCCAGACCAAUGAGGAAGAGUUGCUGUGCUCACCAGGCCUGGCACUACUGAGCAGCGUCUUCUAAUAAAGUGUUAACUUAACACUAUGUGCUUUAUUGCUGAUGUGCUCCUGACACUGGGAUAUGUCCUGGAACCCUAGAAAUGUCUCUCACUUGCCUUAAUUGAGAAUGGAUAUGGGUGCUUGAAUCUGUGUACAAACUAGUCAAGGUAAAUUUCAACAUUUGUUGCUCUGCACCUUUUUGCGUUGAGCUAGACUGGCCCCAAGGAGGUUUCCUGGAAGAGAAUGUGGACCUUGAUUGGAAAACGUGUGUCCUCGAGCAAUAGCAAAAGGAUUGGUGGGUGGGUGUCUUUUAAAUGUAAGAAAACAUUUCUGCACUCCUUUUAUGAAAAAGGAACACCAAAGUGGUUUACGUGACAAUAAAACAUAGCAUUAUCCAAUAAAAAUUCACUGUCAAUAGAGAAGGUGAAAUCAUCGCAAGGACAGGUAUUUAUAAUACUAUUAAGGGCCAGGGGAAAGCUACGCUUUCUUUACAAAGCAUCUUUCUUUGUAAAAAAAAAGGCUUCUCUUUCAUUUUCUUUGCUUACAAAGUGAACAUAAGGAAGAGAUUUGCAGAAUUAUGAAUGUUGUGGAGAAAAAUGAAAACAAAGAGCAAUUGUUACAAUUAUUAUUUCUCUUGUCAGGUUUACCUCACAGGCAGCCGUCAGCUGGGCUACCUGGCAUCGCUCCCCAUCAUUUCGGAUAAGGAAGUGGUCCAGGCUGAUGAUGAACCAACCUUCUCCUUUCCAGCUGGGCCGUACAUGACUAUGACCAAGUGGGUUGAUGCUUUUGCAAGGGGGAGUUGGGCUUCGUAACCAAGUAGGCUAGGUGUAGGCUUGUUCAAUGUAUACAUUGCUUCUGACCCAAGAUGAAGUCCCAAAGCAGUAUGCAUCCAGACGAGAAACUGCAGUCAAAAUCACAUAAAUAUUAAGAACAGGUUUAACAGCGCAGUUUCAUAUCAGUGGUGCUUUCUUUUGCCUAUUUAGACUUGUGUUGUUCUACUUUUUUGGGGGAGUAGAACCCCCAGGAUUCACCAGUCGGAGCCUACUGGAAAAAGACACACGCUUAGAUUUAAAGAGUUGCAAGCUGUGGAAUUUUCUUUUUGAGUGCCGAAAACUUGAAGGGUGCUUGCUUUUGGUUCCCCCUGUCUCAAAAGUUGUUUACAAAAAGAAUAAAACAAUGAUAUCGUCACCACUUAAAUAAGGCAUUAGAAAUAAUUAAAAUAAAAGUAAACUAAAAACCAGGUGAAAACACUUGUCAGCAUUUGACCUGCCUGGAUUUGAACCCUGGCCUCCCACUUGCACAGUGCCUGCUACACCACCACUGGCGAUCUUCCUUUGGGAGCUGCCCUUCUGUCCACCUCCUGUGAUAGAGUAUGCGUUCAACAGAGUAUUGAAAACUGCAAUACUGCCAAAGAAAAAGUCCAGAAAGUCACACCUGGCCUCUCUCCCCUCCCUUCCCCACUCUUGCAGUUUGAUGUGGGGUGGAAGCAGAGUCACAGUGAAGGAGCUGAACAUGAAACCCCACCAGCACUGCAGCAAGCUGCGCCUAUCCGACCUGCUUCUCGCGGAACAGGAGUACAGUAGGUACGGCCGCCUCUUGCAACUUUGGCGGGGAAAGCCUGAAUCACGAUUGUGGCUCCUUCCUCUACUGAUGUUCAGAUCGGAGGGGGAACAGCGUCUCAGCAGCGAUGUCAACUUGCGCUUCUUGCAAAUACGUAAAAGGUGCCCAUGCAAUUUGGGUGCUGAGCAGGAAGAAAGAAAAGCCCUAGAGCUAUUCUGGUAAUCUUGUUUUGGUUGAACAACAAAGAGGGGAUCUGUAUUGUGGCUAUUUGCCUUGGGGAAAAUAAUCUACUUGUUUCUCUCUUCCUCCUCAGUCUCUUGGCUGAUUACAGUGUUAUAGGGUUUUUUUGUGGGGGGAGGUCAGUCUGGAUGAAACCCAUGAGUCCCUUUCAAAGCUGUGAUUCUGUGUCAGGGAGGGUAGAAUCUAUUAGGAGAAACCAGCCAGAUCAGUUCCUUCGCUAAGGGAGUGGCCUUGGCCUGCCAGUUCAGUCCUGCCAUUUACAUUAAAAAGGGGCUGCCUUGUUGCCAUAGAGACAAAUGGGUGUGUGUGUGUGUGUGUGUGUGUGUGUGUAACCCCCCACCACCUAGUGGAAGCAGACUUCACCUUAUAGAACAUGGGUAGGCAAACUAAGGCCCGGAGGCUGGAUCCGGCCUAAUUGCCUUCUAAAUCCGGCCCACAGACGGUCCGGGAAUCAGCGUGUUUUUACAUGAGUAGAAUGUGACCUUUUAUGUAAAAUGCAUAUGUAAAAUGCAUCUCUGGGUUAUUUGUGGGGCAUGGGAAUUCGUUCAUUCCCCCCCCCCCAUAUAGUCCGGCCCCCCACAAGGUCUGAGGGACAGUGGACCGGGCCCCCUGCUGAAAAAGUUUGCCGACCCCUGUAUAGAAGAACAAUAGCCAGAGUUUUAUGAGUGAGCGUUGGCUGAUGCUGGAGAGACAAAGGCAUCCAUUGCUAUUGCUCUGUGCUGGACCCAAAGUGGUGGCUUGGGGCUUCCCUGGAAAACCUGAUGGGGAGGCAAGAUCUUUCAGGCGUCAGUGCUGUGAGACCUUCCAUCUUAUCCUCUGAUUAUAUGUAUGUGUAAAUAAAACCACACGUCUUAAAGGCACCACAGUCUUUUGUUAACAGUCAUUCCAAGGAAACGGAAAUACGGAUAAGCGCAGGCACCCCAGAGCCUGUCAGCACUCGGUGAUGGGUUGCACACAGCAAUACCCAGCAGAGCAUCCCUUGAAAGAUCAGUUGUGUUUUCUGGUGCCAUGACGAUGGCCUGAUCCAUGUUAGCUUCCACCCUCUUUUGGCCUUUGCUCCCAGCGUGUUCUGUUGUUGCUUUUUUGUUGGUUCUGGUGCUUUAAGUUGGUUAGGAAAGGCAGAGUGAGCUGUUCUGAUGGGAUAAGAUCAGUAAGCCUGGAAAUGCACUUCCUUCGUAAUCCAAUUUCCCUUCACAUUGUUGGGUUUUCAUAUCUCCUUCUGCAGCCAGCUCCGCCAUCCUCAUUUGUUGCAGCUGAUGGCCGUCUGUUUAUCCAGCGACUUGGAGAAAACGCGAUUAGUGUUUGAGAGGGUUACUUUUGGCUCCCUCUAUAGCAUCCUUCAUGAGAGGGUAAAGUGACCGUUUUUGUUUCUUGGCAGAAUUAAUAGAUUUACUCUACCCGCCCCCAGUGCUUUCCUCCCAAGGAGCUCAGCGUGACAAAACAGGUUCUUCUGGCGCCUGCCAAACUUUAUCCUCAUAACAACCCCGUGAGGUAGGUUACACUGAGAGAGUGUGACUAAGUCAUUGACCUUCAUAGCUAAGAGAGCCACCUGGCAAGCUUCAUGGCUAAGAGAGGAUUGAUCCAUUUUGUCCUGCGUCAUGUGGUAGGUUAGAUGGAGUAAAAGGGGUGCUGGCUUUGCACAUAGUGCUGAGCCACAGUUAAAAGAAGCCAAAGACAGCAAAUCAUGACUUCAGGUUAAGCUGCUGGGCAGGGUUUGGACAGCUGGAGAAACCAUGGUUUAAUGAACCAUCGUUGAAUAAACCAUGGCUUGGCAUUAUGUGUGAACCGGGCUGUGAUCAUCUCCUCUCAAACAGUUCUAAAGCAGAAUGAUUACCAGACAGUAAGCUAACACCCGCAUCAUAUGUUGACUGCUUUAAUUGUAUGGUAUGGGAGGGUACCUGCCCUGUUUUAAAUCCUGUCUUCCUGGAGGUUCCUCCUUCCACCCAGGAAGAGCAAGCGCUCAAGCUAAGAGCUGGUUUCUUUCCUCUUUCCCUCGGCAGCGUUCGGAGUUCCCCAUUGUGCACAUGGAGACCCUCGUGCACCUCUUGCUCCAGGUGAACGAUGGCCUGAGGUUCCUGCAUUCGCACGGCUUCAUCCACCGCACGGUCAGCUCCUAUGCUGUGGUGGUGGUUUUGGCCGGGGAAGCCAAGCUUACCAACCUGGAGUACAUGAUCGAGAGGUAAAGACGCCCUACUUCCCCCCAUUCUCCCCAUUUUACUUGAGCAACUAGCAUAAGUACAAAAUGUAAGUUUGGAAAUGGUGUCUGAGCUGCAGAGGUCGGACGUGCGUGUGUGGUCAGCUUGGAAGCAUGAUGAAGAAAGGAGGCCGCCCAGGCACGAAGGAAGUAUGUAGUGUUACAAGCUUCCUGCCAAGGCAGACAAAGGAAAUGAUUUCACUGAGUUCUCUCUAGCAAAUUUUACAGGGAGGCUCUGUGAGCCUGCGGUAAACCUACCUCCAGCUGCUCACCCCUCCCACACCUGUCUUUGCUCUCCGGCCAGACCAGGUCCUCUAGGGCAGGGCUGGCAGACACGUUUACUUUUUACAGAAACAGGACAAAAUACCACCGGUAAGGCUGCCGCCACUCCCUUUGUCCCGGGGAACCCAGAGCCACAACCCAGGGAGAAGGUUGUGCCCCGUUAUUGCUGGUUACCCCCACUCCACAAGUUGUAUCCACAGACUUGCAGACAGAAAUUCUACGGUAGAGCACAACCAAGCGUAAGGCUAGGAAUUAGCUUUUCCCCCCGGAAAGGCACACAAACUAAAACAGUUUCUUUCUUAAAAUUUAUUUUAAAAGAACAUAAGGAAACAUGCUAAAAAGCAGGCACAUCUUUAGUAAGUUACAAGCAAGAAAAACAAGAACAUUGUGAAAUCUAACUGACUUACAUACUCACGACUAAGACACAGAUAGAAUAGUUAGAGUCCUUUCAAUGAUCCGCAUUCAGAGGUUUUCGCAAUUCUCCAUCACAAAGGACGAAAGGACGGCUACUUAGGUGGAGCAUCAGCAGCCGGGCGAUUUGCGAAUUGCAGAGCGCGCUUUCCCAGCCAUUCCCAAUAUCUUUUAUCCCCAAUUUGCACGUGGCAUCGGAACCCCCAAAACCAAUAUAACUCUUGAUUAUUUUUAAAUUCUCCAAUGACCAGCUUGCGGGCUAAUCAAUCUAACUUCUGGCAGCUGGGCCAAUUAAGAACCCAGAGCCUAAAGGGGUUUCCUCCCUUUCCGUGGAGCCUAUGCAGAUACACAUUCCCAGGCAAUCAAGGCAGAUAACAUCACUGAGGGAAUGCACAUAACUUCGGACCCAGGUGUCAAACCUUUCAUUAAAUCAGGGGUUUCCUUUCCCAUAAUAAACCUUUCACACCCUGGGAGUUUGCUGGUCUGGGGUUAAAGGGACAAAACUUAUUUCCCAUGGUCCUUGUGGCUUGUUGGUAUCCCACAAGGCCUCACUCUUGUUGCUUGACCAAGGAACAGCUUCUAAGUAAACACUAACUUUACUACAGAGCCUCAGCCCUUUCAUGUGCCCAUUUGGCAAAGCAUAAGUGUUGAUUGACUGCAAUAAUGUCCCACAUAAACAAGUGGGUCUUUGAGAGCGCUCUUGCAGCUACUGUCUCCCCACCACCACCCAUUUUCGCAUGUAAAAGGUAAAGGUAAAGGGACCCCUGACCAUUAGGUCCAGUCGUGACCGACUCUGGGGUUGUGGCGCUCAUCUCGCUUUAUUGGCCGAGGGAGCCGGCGUACAGCUUCCGGGUCAUGUGGCCAGCAUGACUAAGCCGCUUCUGGCGAACCAGAGCAGAGCACGGAAACGCCGUUUACCUUCCCGCCAGAGCGGUACCUAUUUAUCUACUUGCACUUUGACGUGCUUUUGAACUGCUAGGUGGGCAGGAGCAGGGACCGAGCAACGGGAGCUCACCCCGUCGCGGGGAUUCGAACCGCCGACCUUGUGAUCGGCAAGUCCUAGGCUCUGUGGUUUAACCCACAGCGCCAUCCACGUCCCUUCACGUGUUAUCUAGCUUUAAAAUAAUGCUGAGCAUCUCUGGGAUGUAUGUUCUCCCCCUUUGCCACAUGUUCUGAGGGCCUCUUGGUUUCCUGUCUUUGGCAGCAAGGAUGGGGGAGAGCACAGUGACCUGACACGGCUGCCCAUCCCUUCCCAGUUAUACAAAUGGUGCGCUCCGGAAGUAAUCCUCCAGAGGACCGCGACCACCAAGUCUGACAUCUACAGCUUCUGUGCGGUGAUGCAGGAGGCUCUGACAGGUACAGAAACAGAGGGAGGGAUGCUAAGCCUCACAAAGGUGAGAACAUAAGGAGAACCUGCUGGAUCGUGCCAAUGGCCCAUCUAGAUUACCAUCCUGUUCUCACAGCGGCCAGACAGAUACCUGUGUGAAGUUCGCAGGCAAGACCCAAGCGCAAGAGCGCUCUCCCCUCCUGUGGUUCCCAGCAUCUGGUAUUGAGAAGCAUCAUUGCCUCUGACCGUGGAGUCAGAGCAGAGCCAUUGUGGCUACUAGCCAUUGAUAGCUUUAUCCUCCCCUGAAUUUAUCCAGUCUUUUAAAGCCAUCCAAGUUGGGGGCUGUAACUGCCUCUUGUGGCAGUGAGUUCCAUAGUUUUAACAAUCCGCUAAACGGACUUCCUUUUAUUUGUCCUGAAUCUUCCAACGUUCAUUGGAUUAACACAAGUUCUGGCGUUAUGAGAGGGAGAAAACCUCUCUAUUCGCACCCUCCAUGCCUUGCAGAAUUUUAUAAACUUCUGUUGUGUCGCCUCUUACUCUAAACUGAGAAGUCCCAAAUGUUCCACCCGUGAUCAUUUUGCUGCCCUUUUACAACUGUAGUUUGUGUGUUUGCUUUUUGAAGCUCUCAACCUGCCCCAUUCCCAUUUCUUGGCUGCUGCACCUUGUUUGGAAUAGUCUCUCCUUCCGUCUUCAUCAAGCUGAUUGGCCCCAGCCUCCCCUUCAAGGCUGUUGCCGAAAUUCUGCUACUACUAGAUGAUCCUGAAGGUCCCUUCCAACUCUACAAUUCUGAUUCUUUUUUAAUUUCAGUUGUGUAUUUCUUGACGUGCCCUCUGCCAUAAGGCAGGCUCCUCCCCUUCAGAGCUUCACCACAUCAGAGCAUGCAUGCGGUUUGUGUGUCUUCCAGAUACCAUCCCUUGGGAUGGGUUCGAGGGCCCGGAUGUUAAGGAUCUCAUAGUUUCUGGGCAGUGGCUGGAAGCGGAUGCCAGGCUGCCCAAGCCCUAUUACGACAUCGUGAAGACCGGGCUGGAGUCCAGGCAGAAGCAACGCACCAUGAACCUGCAGGAUAUCCGAUACAUCUUGAAGAAUGACCUGAAGGUGAACCAGAGCAAUCGAGCCUCCCAAAUCUGGGCUUGCAAACAACUUUACUGCUGGUCACCUCUGGCAAAUUUGAACCACCUCUGGGCACCCAGCUGUGGCUGGCUGGCUGGCUAGCUAAAAACUGACCGCCAGUGUGUUUUGUAAACAUUAUUUUUGCAAGGCUACUUCUCAACUCCGUAGAGCCUUGCUUCCCAAACUCCCCCCACCAAUGGAUUACUUGAAAAGUUGUAGCUCAUCUAGGAGAAGGGAAACUUUGACCCUACACAUUUGCUGCCUUGCAGGAUAUUUCAGGAGAAGAAAAGGCUAAGGGGUAAAACCCACACAAAUCAGGAGUUGAGUCGCUAAGGCGGUUGGAUAAUGCCUUGUACGCCUCUUUCCGGCAACUCCUGCAGCCAAGGUGGUGCCUAACGCUCUGCUUUCCUUUGGACCACAUCAGCGAGGCUGAGAGGGGCGGGUUUGUCAUCUGGGCAGGCUAGGACCUCCAUACACACUCCCCAGGCUUGUGUCUUGGGGAGUGCACUUUAAUGCUCCUAACGCAAAGGUUUGACUCUACCCCUGGAGGCGCACUCCACUGUCUCUUGAGACAGAUGGAUGCCAACAAUGGCAACUUAAUUUGGUUGCAGGGAGAGAGGGGUCCUCUGUUUCCUGACACCAUUCUCUUUGCCACUGCAGGAUUUGCUUGAGUCUCGUAGGACUCGCCAUGGUGACAGUUCUGGACCGUCGAAGGCCGAACCCCAUGCUGACAUUAAUAUCUGCUUGCCAUCCGCCUCCGCUGUCUCGGUCAAGGUGGAAGAAGAGUUGCCAGAAGAGGAGCAGGAAGAAGAGAAGCCAGAAGAGGAGCAGAGUGUCCCGUGUCUGCCUUGUAAGUUCUGCUUUUGCUGCAAGGGCCAAAGCCUGGCCUUUUGUGUCUUUGCUGCCAGUGCCAGUUUCCCUCCUGGGGCAAACGGGAAGGGCUGCAUCUAAGUGGCAGGGCACCUGCUUAGCAUGCAGAAGGCCCCAGGCUCAGUCCACAGCUGCAUCUCCAGUUAGGCCUGAAAUCCUGGAGAGCUGCUGCCCGUCAGUGUAGGUAGAACAGAGCUAUGGUUGGUCUCUUCUGUAUGUUUGUGGCCCUCCAGACACAUACCAGGAAUGGGGGAACAACCAUCUGCCCUGCUAGAUGAUGUUCAUAGAAGUGACCCUGCUCAGAGUUGGAAGGGACCAUGAGGGUCAUCUAGUCCAGGCAUGUGCAACUCCCAAGAGACUGUGAUCUACUCCCAGUAAAACACUGGCAGUGAUCUACCCAUUGUCAUUGGAGGGAGGAGGAGCGUGCGUGGGGUGGGUGGAUUGCCCAGAGUUAUUGAUCUUUUUUAAGGAGGGAAGUGCCCAGAGUUGUUGAGCUUUUUUGGGCGAGGAUUGCACAGAAUUUUUAAGCUUUCCCCCCAUAACUUUUUGCACAUGAUAAGGAUCCUGCGAUCUACCAGGAUCAGCUGGGGGUCUGCUGCUAGGUCACAAUCUGCUGAUUGGACAUCCCUAGUCCAAUCCCUGCAAUGCAGGAAUCUUUUUGCCCACUGUGGGGCUUGAACCCAUGGGAUUGAGAUUGAGUCUCAUGCUCUACAGACUGAGCUAUCCACCAGCCCCAGCCAACAUGGCUAGCAGCCAGGAGCGCUGUGAGGUGGAGAGCAGCAGCUUCCACAUCCCUGAAGCAGAGCAAGGCUUUGCGUCCAGGCGUCAUGCACACGGGGCAGAAAUACGCCACAGGAUCCUGAGAGGCCCUUUGGAAGUCUGUAUGUUUGAGGAGAGAAAACACUGUCCUGUGCUUGUUAAGAGCUUAGCCCCUCCAUUCUGACUCGUGCUCUUGAUUCUUCAGCCGGGAGCUUCACCGUGAUGAGAUGCGCUGCUUCUGCUCCCAGAAUCGAAGGUGCCGCUGGCCACCAGUCUCAGCCUGCCCUCCCCGCCGCUCAGUCUGGCCACCUCUUGGCUCCCAAAGUCCAGGGGGGCACCAGCGACAGGGACGAGAGCCUCUGCAGCUUUGAAAUCAAUGAGAUCUACACCUGCUAUCCUGAGAUGUGUGGGGACAGCACGGAGGAGGACACAACAUCAGGACCGGGUCAGGGAUCCCCAAGGCAGCCUCGGACCGUCCCGGGGGAUUGGGCCAAAGCCCUUUCGCCGCCCCUGCCAGCCAGAAUUCAGGACGGACAGACAAGCUGCAGUGAGGGGGGCGCCACCUCCGAUUCAGAGUCGGAAUACACCAGGGAAGAGGUCACCUACAUGUCGCAGGCCUACCCUGUGCAGCAAAUGGUGAGGUUCUCCAGCCCCCGGGGCCGGAACACCCCCUGGAAGGGGGGCCACUACUUUGGGAAGUGUGUCCUGAACCUGAAGAUCUCCCAGACGCUGCUGCAGCAGGCGAGGGACUCUCUCUGCCGGACGGAAAAGAAGCUGGACCAGCUGGAGAGCUUCAGAAAGCCCCAGCCCCACCCAUGCGCCAUUGCCCUGAACCCCAUCAUCCGAGAAUACUGGGAGAAGGACGAGGGCGCUGCUUUUGGAAACCUCAGGGCGCCCUGCAGCAGACCCAGCGCCUUCCUCUGGAAAGCGGUGGGCCCUCCGUCUGUGAACUACGUCCCUCCGCCGCUGCGUGUCAUGGCCAUGCAGCGGCCUCUGGUGAUUCAGCCCUUCCAGCCCAUGGAGCCAGAGCGCAGGAGCCAGGACACCACCUGCUGGAGCGACUGCGGAUUGGAGGCGCCCAAAAACCCCUGGAGCAGAGGGGAAGUGGAGCCCAACUAUCAGGUGUGAGAGAGCGGUAAAGGGAGGGGCUGUAGCUGGGGGGUAGAGCAGUUGCCUUGCAUGCAGAAGGUCCCAGCUUCAAUCCCUAACUUCUCCAGGUAGGGCUGUCUGAAAUCCUGAAGAGCUGCUGCCAGUCAGAGCAGGCAGCACUGAGCUAGGUGGUCUGACUCAGUAUAAGGCAGCUUCCUGUGUUCUUAUUUCAACCCGCUAUUCAGAACCAUGAGGGCUAGAAUCUUAAUCUACUAAAGUGAUAAAGCACCUGCUUUGCAUGCAGGGGGUCCCAGGUGCAAUCUCAGGUGUCCUCAGUUGGGCCUCCUGCCUGGAGAGUCAGUGUAGACCAUGGGUAGGCAAACUAAGGCCCGGAGGCCAAAUCCGGCCCUAUCGCCUUCUAAAUCUGGGCUGCGGAUGGUCCAGGAAUCAGCGUGUUUUUACGGUAGUAGAAUGUGUCCUUUUAUUUAACAUGCAUCUCUGGGUUAUUUGGGGCCUGCCUGGUGUUUUUACAUGAGCAGAAUGUGUGCUUUUAUUUAAAAUGCAUCUCUGGGUUAUUUGUGGGGCACAGGAAUUUGUUCAUCCCCCCCCCCCAAUAUAGUCAAGCCCCCCACAAGGUCUGAGGGACAGUGGACCUGAAAAAAACCCUUCUUUUAUUUUACCAACCAACCAAUUACAUAAAACAAACAGUACUGAUUUUGAUCCUGUUGUUGAGGCCCCUAAAAGGCAUGGGGCCUAUAAGCCGGUGCUUACUCUGUCUAUUUGGUAAUCCGGCUCUGUCAUAGGCAGCUGUCCCAUACAGGGUUUGAACCUGCAACUUUGGUGUUAUCAGCACCACCCUCUAACCAACUGAGUGCAGAUUGUGACCUGCUGGAAGGACAUUUGAUAGGCACUGAAAUUGGCCAUGGAGUCAGAAGCAGGGUUGUGUGGCCUCAGCCCCGGGAGCUGAAUAUGGCCACCCAGGCCUCUCUCUCUGUCCCUUGGGACGUUCCCAAGGCCACACCCCCUAAGGCCACUGUAGGGCGUACUCUCCAUUCUCAUAAAAAGCUAUUGGCAAAUACCCACCCCUUCCUCACGUGUGGGAAAUUAAGCAGUCAGCCUUUAAAUAUACAACCUUCCUUGCCCUCUGGUUAACUGCAUAACUCAUAAAUAACCACCUGAGUCCCCACUCAGCUAUGAUUGACUGGAGUGAUUUUUCAGCUUUUGCACCCAGGCGUCACCGUCCGGAGGAAGAGGAACAUGAUCCCGCAGUUGUGGCGAGGGAACCUGUCUGCAGUGGACGAUGGGAACAGAUUUUCAGAUGGGUGAGUGCUGCUGCUCCUCAGUCCCCAGCCACACUGCCUCCGAUUCCAUAGAGGACAGUGAUGAAUUCGGUAUAUUGCCCACCCUAAGGUCCCAGGGCAGGUCUCAGCAAUUUAAAAUGCAACAUUAAAAACCGUUCGAAACAAAAUGCGAUACCAAGAAUGCCUAAUAAUAUGCACCUCAGGAGUUGGAAUCCCUGGGUAAGCCUCAGCCUUUGGCACAAUCUGUUUAGUGAAAGGUGCCAGGCGUGCCUCUGUGGGGAGGGGAGGGGUUCCACAGCUUGGGAGCCACCACAAAUACAGUGGUACCUCUGGAUGCGGAUGGGAUCCGUUCCGGAGCCCUGUUCGCAUCCUGAAGAGAACGCAACAUGCGUCUGCGCGGGUUGCGAUUCGCCGCUUCUGUGCAUGCGAGUGACGUCAUUUUGAGUGUCUGCGCAAUGUGGAAGCAGCGGAACCCGGAAGUAAUGUGUUCCGUUACUUCCGGGUCAUCGUGGAGCGCAAUCCGAAAACGCUCAACCUGAAGCAACUUUAACCCGAGGUAUGACUGUAGUGCCUUCUCCCAGCCCCCUCCCCAGACUACCAAGAGCCCCCUCUGCAACUUAACACCUGAAAAGGUCUGUAAGGAAAGAGGCAGGCUUCAGAUACAGUGGUACCUCGGGUUACAGAUGCUUAAAGUUACAGACGCUUCAGGUUACAGACUCCACUAACCCAGUAAUAGUACCUCGGGUUAAGAACUUUGCUUCAGGAUGAGAACAGAAAUUGUGCGGUGGUGGCAGCAGGAGGCCCCAUUGGCUAAAGUGGUGCUUCAGGUUAAGAAUAGUUUCAGGUUAAGAACGGACCUCCAGAACGAAUUAAGUUCUUAACCUGAGGUACCACUGUAUUUGGGGUGUAAGUCAUUUAGGCUUUAAGCACUGACGUGGGCACCUGGAACCGGGCCUGGAAACGAACUGGCGACUGACGCAGCUCCUCUAAAGCAGCUCCUGUGUGAGAUCUAAACAGAACCCCAGCCAGUAAUUCGGCUGCUGCAUUUUGGACCGAUGGAAGUUUCCGAGUUGUCUUCAAGGGCAGCCCCGCAUAGAGUGCAUUGCAGUGUCAUCCAGCUAUCCCAGCUCAACUCAAAAAAUCCAUGCUAGGGCAAUACCUUCAGUAGCCCAACAAAAGCAUCACGAGAACUCUGUCAGACUGGAUGUUAAACAGAGCAAGUGUGUGUGGUGGGGGAGAGAAGAGGUAAUAUUUUGGGAGGCUGAAUUUGAACCCAUGGAGUCUGUAUCUGUUCACAGUCAGCUUGCAAUCAGGCUUUGUGUUUCCAAGACACCUUUUUGCUGUUAUGAGGCAAGGAGGGAUAUAAAUUUAAUACAUGGUGAUAAUAUAGGAACAUUAUUAUUAUUAUUAUUAUUAUUAUUAUUAUUAUUAUUUAUUAUUUAACUUACAUUUUUAUACCACCCUAUACUCACAGGAUAAAAUCAUGAUAUAAAAACACAGAAUACAUAAUCAAAAUAAAAACAAGAACAACCCAAUAACUCCCCCCCUGCCCCCGCUCUACCAAAACACAUUUUAAAAGGGCACUGAAUGUCAGUCAACCGGAGGCAUUUUCCCUUGGAGCCUAAAGGUGUAUAAUGAAGGCACCAGGUGAGUCUCCCUGGAGAGAGCAUUCCACAAAUGGGGAGGCACCACAGAAAAAGCCCUGUUCUCGUGUUGCCACCCUCCGGACCUCUCAUGGAGGAGGCACACGAAGAAGGGCCUCAGAAGAUGAUCUCCACCCAUAUUCCAGUGUGUUUCUUGCAGGUUCGUCUCAAAAUCAACACCUGAAAUUUAUGACGAUAGUGUGAGGAGCGAGGAGAGGAGGAUGGCACAGUCUGAAUGGACAAGUGAGUAUUGUGUUUUAUUUCAUUGGAGUCAUGCAAUCCAUAGGUCUCUGGGAUGGCGGGAACAGCCCCCAUGGGUUGAAUGUGGCCCCCGUGCCACUCAGCCUGGCUCUUGGGGCUGUUUCCAGGCCACGUCCUUUCCCCCAGGCCACGUCCCUUUGCUGUCCUCUGCAAGUGCUGUUGCCUGGCUUGAAUACAUCCUCUUGAAUAAUGAAAAUGUUUACCCUUUACUUCUGAACUUCCAACACCUACUGAAUUAUUAUUUUUUUCAUUCCAGCAGGCAUUUCAACUGAAGUCUGAUUUUAUGGUUUUGGUCUAUUUUUUAAAAACAUUUUCUGUACACUACUUGGAGACUUUGUAGUUAAGCGGUAUAUAAAUUGUUUAAAUAAAAAGAAAUGGAGGGUGGAAAGGCGUGUGUGAAUAGAAUCCUCUACCUUUUGUGUAGCUGGUGUGUAGCAUCCUGUACAAAUGUAAAAGUCAUGUCCGUUGUUUCACCCACUUCCUGCUUCUGGCUCCACCCACCACUGGCUUGCAGAUCCUCCAGAAAGUUGUCUGCGAGGAAAUGCAUUCACCAGGCUGGAAGAGGUUCUUUCAGGACUAGUAUAUAUUCUGUAUUCUGUCCCAGUCAUGGCAUUGCGGGCAGCCCUGUCGGGUAGGUGAGGCUGAGCAACAGUGACUGCCUGCAGCACCACGUAGUGAGAGGGGAUUUGAAUUCCAAAGGCAACAUUGCCUGCUGCGGUGGUGGUUUUCAGACUGGCUGCUUCCUAGGAUCCUGUUUGGAUCAACAGUGAUCUUUGGGCUUUAAUCUCUUCUUGGUGACAGACAAGGUGGUUGCGAGGCAGACACAAGGCUGCCUGGGCUGGAUGGAGGCCAGGACCAUGUACAGUAACAGACAAUGCAUUCAGGAGCGAUAGAUUCAGGACCAUGGACAGCAACUCUGUUGUUGAGUGCAGAGGGAUAAGUUGCUUCAGCACUGGCUUAGUGCAAGUGCCAGAGUCUAGCUUGGAGGAACAAGGCUGAAGACCCGCUUUCUGGGUGCUUACAGCAUGCCCACACCCAUCCAAGGACCAGUGUAGUUAAUGUCUAGUUAUGUCCCCAAAUGCAUUUUACAAUCAGAAGGUGAGGUGGUGCUUGCCAGAAACCACCACCCUGGGUGACUGUGGAGGUAUGAAUUCAUUUCAAGGAGUCUUGAUGAGAUCUCUUUCCUUUUUUGUUGUCGCAUUGGCCACUGGAUGGCAGCAUCAAACAAAGAACGGGAUAAUAAAGCCAAGAGCCAGAACAUAACUCUGGUGGGGUGGGGGGAGAGCUUCCUUCACCCCUGGAUAUUAAGGGCUUCCCUUCCUCUCCCCCAUAAUUCGAAGCACUGCUCUCCUGCUUGCUGCACUUAGGGACACAAAAUCCUUUUCUCUCCUACUGAGCCGGUAGUAAGCCUCAGUGGGAGGAACACAUCAGCAGGAGAGAAACCAACAGUAGGAAGAGCACUUUAAAUCACUCUCCACGGGGCAUAUCUAGUCAUAGUCAUAAUCUGGUUCAUUUGUCAAUCUGCACUUUCUGCAAGUACAUUGUGUGCUGAAAGCUGUUCGUGGAACGCAGACCAUUAAAAAUAAUUCAUAGCACAAUAGCUUUAAAACAUAAUAACGCUACAAUUUAUUUAGCAAAAUUUAUAGAGAUUUUUAUUUUUUGACUUAACUGUUCUAUAAACAGUUUACAUGACCUUGACAUUUCAGCCAUUAGCAGUUCAUUUUAAAGCAAGAGCGUUGAAGACUAUCUCCUCUCCCUGCAAAUUAGGCGGAGAUUCCCCAACUCCCCCCCCCAGCCAACCCACCACCCCCAUUCCAAGACACGUCAAAAGACACAAGCAUCUUUUAUCUUGGAGACAUGAGCCUGCCCCACCUUGCUGAUCAUUUGAGCCUAGGGCACCGGUGUGUGCCAAAUGUAUGCUCUACAGUUCCCCUUAUCUCCUCCUACAAAGUCCUUCUGAAAAUGGAAAAAGCAAAUCACAGUGGGCUCCCCCGCCUUGUCCUCCCCAGCGGAAGUGAAACAGAUGGCGAGGCAAGCGGCUUCCGGGCAGCUUGGCCUUCCGCCCCAGUAUCGUCUUGGUGAAUGGACAUCGGAGAGCGAUGGGGAGAGCAUCAAGGAUGCCUUCUGGAGCACCAGCAGCAAGGAGAGACUCCGGUUCCACCAGUGGAACACCGAGGAGGGGAGGCUGCGGGCUGACAGCGGAAUCGGAGACCACUGUUUGCCCUGUGACCACAGCGAAGAAAAUGCCCCGGAAGUUGCGUUGAAAAGAUUUGUGGUACCCGAGAGCCAAAGGACAGACGGUAGGGCUGAGCAAAAAGGCUCCUUCCCUGCAGUUAACCAUCCCGUUCAGAGCUACUGAUUUGGAGCAGGUGGGGUGGGAUAUUUCAGCAAUUUUUCAGAGGCUUAUGUGCAUGUCAAAAUUAUUCCAAAUGUUUUGUAGAGAUGCUGUUGGUGACCCCUGCUUUUUAAACCAAAUAUUAGCUCUGAUGCUUACAGUGCUAUUUUGGAGUGAAGGAGACGAAGGGAAAUGACAGCUGACCUCUCUCUCUCUCACCCACCCACCUACCCACCCAAAUAGCAGAGCUAACAAAUACUUUUUGAAGAAUUUUGGGGGGCCCUUCCCCACAAUUGCCUUUACUUUCUAUGAGUCCCCCCUAGAUUUCCCCCCACCUAAUUUCAAGCAAAUGACCUUGCUUUUGUCUAAACCUUUGACAGAACUUAAAACUGGAUGUCCUAGAUUUAUAUUUGUUACACUUAUAAACCUGUCUGCUUCUUCCAGAGACUGCAAGCAUCUUACCUGUGGUUUUCAAUCCAGGCAGCUUUUAAGUGGCAGGACCUAGUUAGCUUCAGCGGCAGAACUCCUUCAGGAGUUUUCUCUGGGCAAUGUGUGCGCUAAUUGCACCACGCUGAAGUUUAUUGAAGCGCCUUUUUAUGCUGCUGUUUCUCCAGCUGCCAGCAGGCGGUGCAGUUGCUUUACACAGCGGCUCCAAGCCACUCCCUGGCCACUUUCUCCCCCCCAGCCAUGUAUAAUCUUAUGCACCUCUUAUCACGUCCCCCUUCGUUCUCCUUUCUUUCCUAAAACUAAAAAGCCCUAAAUGUUGUAACCUUUCAAAACUUCAAAACAAGUGAAUUAUUAGGCACCCUUACAAAGCAAAUGAUUUACUGGCUUUUUUUUUUUUUUUGCCCGCCCUGUAAAGACUGAUGUUCUUGUCUUUAUGGAAUAGACAUUUAAUUGCCAUUAUCUUCACGGGGCCCCGACAGCUCCUAUUGCUGUUAGCUGAUUUAUUCACUUUUAUAUUCUGUAAGCUGGCCAAGCCAUUCCAGGGACGCCAUUAAUUCUUUGCAUGCUAAUUUCCCCCCACUCUCCAUUUUUUAUUUUCUUGCGUUUCACGUGGAGUUAUAAUUUAUUAUUAGGCAGAGGCAUCCAAUUCCCAGCAAAUGAGGUGCUAACGGAGUGUGGCCUGGCCUCUCGAAAGAGCGCUUCGCUUUCUGUCACCGCCGAGGACCUUUGCCGGGUAGGCACUUUAACCCUCUGCGAUCUCUGGUUCCCCCCCCCAUCCCAAAUCAAAGAUCUGUAUUGCUAUUUAAUAAAUUGAUUAGCUGCCAUAUGAUGAAGCCUAUGGGCCAGGAGCAGUUGCACGUUAAGCUGAAGAAGCAUUCUGUGGGUGGGGACGGGUGGGCGGGCCUUGGCUCAGUGGAAGAGCAUCUGCCUCCAGGCAGGGCUAGGGAUGUCCUCUGCCUGAAUCCCUGGAGAGCUGCUGCCAGUCAGCAUAGAGAACACUGAUCCAGAUCGGGCAAUGGUAGGGCCGGGAAAGAGUUCCCAGAGAGCAGCUGCCAGUCAGGGUAGGCCAGAGAUGGGGAACCUGUUGGAUUACACCUCCCAUAACCCCUGAACAUGCUAGUGCAGGGGCUGAUGGGAGUUGUAGUCCAGAGGGCACCGCCUUAACUACUCUUGCUGAUCUGGUUUGAAAACAUCCAGUGGAUAGUGGUAAUCCUGGCGGUAGGUUGGGUUGGAGAGUCCCAGUACCCUGGGAGUUGCAGGAAUGCUGUACAGUGGUACCUUGGAUUAAGAACGUAAUUCGUUCCGGAGGUCUGUUCUUAACCUGAAACUGUUCUUAACCUGAAGCAGCACUUUAGCUAAUGGGGCCUCCUGCUGCCGCUGCUGCACGAUUUCUGUUCUCAUCCUGAAGCAAAGUUCUUAACCGGAGGUACUAUUUCUGGGUUAGCAGAGUCUGUAACCUGAAGCGUCUGUAACCCGAGGUGCCACUGUAUAAGGUUAUCUAGGCACACAGAGUGGUGAGUUUUGGAGGGUCCGGGUGUCCCCCUAUUCUUGGGCUGGGCGGGACUUCCUCCUGGAAAGCCUGCCAUUGGCCAGGCCACUGGAGAAGCCUCUUCACAGCAGAAGCUGUUCUGCAGAGGCCAGGCAAGGGAGACUGGGACGUGGGCCCUCAGCAAGUGCCUGCCUAACCGUGCUGGUUUUUGGUCGUCGUCCCUACCUGAAGGUUAGGAUUGAACAGUGGCAAAGAGGUUGGUAAUGGAUCGCGUUAUAAAGUGCCCCCCCCCGCUUCUCCACCCAGACAUUUACUUUGAAGGGUUCCCCUGACCCCUCUUAGGAAUUUCCCUCAAGCUCUCCUUGUUACGUCCUGGCGGGAAGCCAGCUGCAGUCCUCUCGGCUAUCUGUCUGCAUUAACAAUUUGUCAGAUAAAAGCUUGAAGUGCUUGGGCUGUGGGAAUGGAAGAUUGGGGGAGCUGUACAUGUAGUUGUACAUCAGUGGUGGGGAAACGUUUUAGGUCUGAGGGCCACAUUCUCUUGGGGGCAACCUUCCAGGGGCCACAUCCCAGUGGCAGGUGGGUCCAAACACUGAGGGAAUUCAGAUGUCUGCGUUUUGCAGUGCUCUUAAUCUAAUCCUGAAAUCUAAUACAAUCAAAGGGAGUAUGAAAAGCCAGUGCGGUGUAAUGGUCAGAGUGUUGGACCAGGACCCAGGAGAGCAAGGUUUGAAUCCCCACUCAGCCAUGAAACUCCCUGGCUGUGACCUUGGAGUCAGUCACCAACUCUUAGCCUCACCUACCUCACAGGGUUGUGAGGAUGAAAUGGGGAGGACAAGAACUAUUUUAGCCACGUUGAGAUCCAUGGAAGAAAAAAGGUGGUAUAUAAAUGUCAUUGAUAAUAAUAAUAAUCAGGGUUUUUUUCCAGCCGAAACUCACAGGAACUCAGUUCUGGUACCUCUCAGGUGGGUGCCACUGCCAUUCCAAGAGAAUGAGGGAGGUGUUCCUAGUGAGUUCCGGCAACUCUUUUUCUAGAAAAAUAGCACUACUGAUGAUGAUGAUGAUGAUAGUGAAAUGUUGUAAAUACAAAUAGCUGUAUCCCUUUAUCAGUGGGACUACAGGAAGCUGCCUUACGCAGAGUCAGACCAUUGGCCCAUUUAGCUGAUUGGCAGCGGCGGCUCUCUUGGGUUUCAGACAGGGAGUCUCUCCCAGCCCUACCUGGAAAGGCUGGGAUUCGAACCUGGUGCCUUCCAUGUGCACAGCAGAUUCUAUAACCACUAAACCACAGCCCCUUUCCCAGAUGGUAGGUUUCUAAUCUUCACGGUUUCCUUCUUUUUUUACGGGCAGUUGGAGGAACUGGGCCCCUCCCUGUCUCCCUCCCUUGAUGUAUCAGAAGAGUUCUUCACUCCUGACGCAGAGUUCUUCUACUGCUCCUCAGUUCCUCCUGAGAAUGCAGAACCGGAGGUAAGAGGAAGGGAGGCAUCGCGUGGGAACGUCUGCCCACAGAGCCCUGGGCUUCCUGGUCACACAACCUGGAGAUGAAGGGUUGUUGCUAGUGGUGGCCUUGUUGUCCAGUGGUCCUCAAGCCUUCUGAUGGGGUGGGUUGGCAGUUCCCGCACCUGAAAAGGUCCAUCUGCUCCUGCCUCCUCAUGGCAGCCAACCAUAUCAGGUUUGUUUGUGCGCUGCCAUCACUGAUGGCGAGCAAAGUCAAGGGGGGGCAGUGUGGUGUCAAUGAACACAAGAGCCCUGUGGGGGUGGAUCAGGCCAAGGCCCUACCUAGCCCAGCACCCUAUUCUUGUUAGGAUAUUUUCGUUCCUCCUUAAAAGGGAGCAGGCUGUUGUGUGUCACAAGCCUGCGUACUUCCUGCUCACAGGAAGUUUCCAUUUUGUAUAUAGCUUUUGUUUCUGUCUGUUACCUUGACACGAAGGCAGGCAGUCAUGUUUUUCCUUUGUUCUGACCAACGCUGAAUAAAGUUGUAAAUAUGCUCUUCUGGGUGCAUCUUCUGUUGCGGAGUCUGCUGCAAGGGCGUGCAUGAGUCCUGGAAUGUGUCUGAGGCUCGUGUCGCUAACUGACUGAUGCUGUUCUACGGGAGACCGAUGGAUCGUCUGGAGAUGCCUGUCUCCCUGGCAGUAUCCCAACAGUUCUCACAGUGGCCAAAUGGAUGCCCUCAUGGGAAAUGCACAAGCUGAGCAUGAGAGCAAGAGCACUCGGCUCACCUGCCAUUCCCAGAAGCUGUCAUUCAGAGGCAUGUUGCCUCUGACAGCGGAGGUGGAGCAAAGCCCUUGUGGAUGUGUCUAAUCCUCUUUUAAAGCCUCCCAACUUGGGGGAAGCCUUCCAUAGUUAAACCAUGCAUGGUGUGACGAAGUCCUUUGCUUUGUCUGUCCUUGAUUCUCCCAGCAUGUCAUCUUUACUGAAUGUCCCCAAAGUAUGAGAGCGGGGAAGAGAAAGAUAUCCUUAUCAACUUUCCCUGCACUGUGCAUCACCCUUUACAUCAGGGAGAACUUUCUAAACAGUAAGAGCCGUUCUACAGUGGAACGGACUCCCUCGUGAGGUUGUGGCCUCCCCUUCCUUGGAGUAUUUUAAGCAGAGGUUGGGCGGCCUUCUUGUCAUGGAUGCUUGAGUUGAGAUUGCUGCAUUGCAGGGGGUUGGAGCAGACGGCCUCUGGGGUCCUGUCCCACUCUAGGGUUUUAUGAUGUGUCUCAGUUGUUUAAGACAGAGCUGGAGAGUCUGUGGCCUUUCUGGCACUGUUGGGCUCUCAAACCCCCGCCAGCUCUAGCCAACCUGGCCAGAAGAUCAGGGAAGGUGAUGGAAGCUUCAGACCUGCUCUUAAGAACCACCCUGCUGGAUCAGCCAAAGGGAGCCAAAUGUCCUGCCCAGGAGCAGAAUUGGCACUCCCCACUUGUGAUUCCCAGAAGCCCUUGAAAUUCAGAGGCAGUGGAGGCGGAACAGAGACAUUGUUGGUAGUAGCCACUGAGAAUCCUUUCCGCUGAGGAAGAAAUUAAUGGGACAUGAAGAGGUACAGAAAUGAGCAACUAAAGCAAUUAGUCGUUUCCAGCUGAGCAUCCUUAGGAACAUCAGAAGAGACCUGCAAGCUGGAUCAGGCCAAAGGGGGACCCACCUGGUCCAGCUUCCUGCUCUCACAGUAGCAAGCAGGAUCUCUGCUCAACUGCAACACUCUUUCCACUGAUGUCCUGAGGCAGACUCUCUCUGACACCUUUCCUAGUGUUCAACUCUGGAUCUCCCAAGUGGUUUUUGUUGGGCCAGCUCCUUAAUUCCCAGCCGUUUAGAGACUUGGCUCUCUGUUUCCAAGCUUCCCCUCUAGAAACCGAAUCUUUCCUUGUUGUUCUCUUCAGAACUCAACUGCUGUUGAAGAUGAAGACCUGGAAAUCACCCAAGAUAUUUGCAGUCAGGAAGACGACUUGGAGACAUUCCAAGAAAUCUGUGGGAGGAAAGAAUGCCCCACAGACGCAGAGCAACGCAAGUUGAUUUUUAUUACUUUUUUUUUAUUUUUACAAGUUUGUAGUGUGUCUUUGCCAUCUGUCAGCAUGGCUGUCUUUUUCUUCUUAAAGCAGGGAUGGGAACCUUUUUGGUCCUUGCAAAUAUUAUUGGGGCGCCAUCUCCCCUCAGCCCCCAGAUGCAGCACCAACAGUGGUCGGGGGGGGGCGGAGGUUGCUAUCCAGGGGCACCGAUUCCCCACCUCCCCAGCUCUCAAGCGUCGGAAGGCGAAAGGUCUGCUUAAGAUUCCUUGCACGCAGGUUCUUAGAAACACAAGAUUGCGCCUGAGUCCAGCAUCUUGUUCUCACGCUGCCCAGCCAGAUACCUCUGGGAAGCAGGCAAGCCAGACCUGGGCGCAAUGGCAAUUCUCUGCUCCUGCAGUUUCCAGCAACUGGUGUCCAGAAGCAUUGCUGCCUCUGACCGUUGAGGCAGAGCCCAGCCAUCAUGGCUUGUGGCCCUUGAUAGCCUCCUCCCUCCUUUGGGAGCGAGCGCCAGAGUUGGAACUCUGCGCUGCAUGUAGAAGUCCUUCCUUUUAUCAGUCCUGUUUUAUCAGGCAGGAUUAUGUUUGAGGUGCUUUGAUCUCUCUCGCACAUAUGUACACACUGAGAAGCCUAAGCGAGCCGGGAGCGGGGAGCGCUGUCUUCUGUAUUCCACCAGGCUUCUUACCCCUGUAGCGCCACGGUUAGAAAAUCUUAUUAUCUCUAUCAACAUCCAUGACAACCCAUUGCUGAUUCAGCAACCCUGUGCAUUUGAUUUACAAGAGCCGGCUGGGGGAUUGAAUUAGAUCCCCCCCCCCAUUUUCCACCGGGGGGGGGCGGGUAGCUUCGUACAUCUGCUCCAACAUUGGGUUGCUAUUCACUGAGGAUCUGUAAAUAUUUCAGCACCCCCAGGAGCUUGGGAUGUGUUUAUUAAAAGGAGCGGAGAGGAAAAGAAAGAUCUCUUUAAAAACACAUUUAUCUUUGCCAACUGCUGAAAGCCAUGAUUUCCUUUUCAGUAGCUUAUGUCGUUCUCUCUCCCGCCCCCCAGCACCCACCCACCCCCUUGCAACCCCCGCGAUGCCCCCAAUCGAGCACAUUUUGUUAUUUGCGUUUAGGAGGAAAACUAUUUCCCCACUGCGGCGCAGAGGCGAAACAUCUCCCUAGCAAGGCGCCAGGGGAGGAUUUGUUUACACCUGCAGCCAGGUAGGAAGCGUCCGUCUGCCGGGCUGCCACUUCAGACGUAAAUUAGGUUGUGUGCUUUUUUGUUAUUAAUCCCACCAGCUCGGUGCCCCAAGCGAGUUGCCAGGUGUGCGUGUUAUGUAAAUGGAGAUUUCUGUGCACUCCCUAGCAAGCGAAAACAUUUGCAAUCAUCUUUAUAAGCCCCCGACAAAACUUAGCUUUUUACGCUGUUGUUGCCACUUCUCGGGUUUUGCCUAAUGAAGGAGUUGCAAUUAGAAGGGGGGCGGGUGGAGGGGGAGAAAGCUGAGCAUAGUAAUUAACGCAUGCCUCCACUGAAACAGCAUAAGCUUAAAGAAGCUGAAGCCUGGAUCCAGUGGACCGUGGGUUUGUUUCUCCAAGUUUUUAUUUCUAAUUUUAGGAGCAGGUGCACUGUGAAAACUACUGGACGUGUUGUGUAAUUAAAUUCUUAGGCAAAUAAAUGUUUCCUGCCACCAUGAGAUCUAGAAGCAUGAGGAGCUUUACUUUCUUUAAUGCCAGUCUGCUCUUACUACAUUUUAUCCCACUCCUCGGACCCAAACACCAUGUCCUUUCCUUUUACCCACUUCGUAUCAUAACAUUGUGGAGUUGGCAGGGACCCCCAAAGGACAUCUAGUCCUGCAAUCCAGGAAUUACAGCUUGAAUAUUGCGCAAUAAUUGCUUUCCGAAGACCUGUCACCUCCUUGCACAAAGUCCACUUAAGUUGAGUUAAGUUUGUCAAGCGUUAGUUCCAAUUGGUUUGCCGGAGGUUAUACGAUGUUGCAUCGGAGCUGGUGUUUAUCCUGCCCUUCCCAAUGUGCUUUCUGGUUUUAUCACAGAAAUUCCAGGUGUUCCCCCUCCCUGCCCACGGAAGUGUUUUUGUUGCACAAGAGGACUAGAUCUACUUUCUUUGUUCAGCCUUAAUCUGCUAGCAUUCGAUUGAAGCCUACCUGGAAAACAGCAGCAAUCUGGAAGUCUCUCUAAUAUAACUCCCGGUAAACUUAGCAUGGUCCAAUCAGGUUGAACACUGAGGAAGAAGAGGUUGCAUGGAAGCAACUUUGGUUUACUCCAGAAAAUUCCCUUGCAACACACACACACACACACACAUAUAUGAAAAUCUCCCUUUUAUGUCACUUCACUCCAAGAGAAUCAGUUAACACCUGCCCCCGUAUACCUAUUUCCCCCCCCAGCACCGGAACUACGCAGUUUGUGAGGCCCAGCAAGGCACCAGGAGAGUUCAAAGAGAAAGAAGUGUAAGUGCUUGAUGUCGCUGGGUUGUUGUUGUUUUUGGCUUUUCAAAAAUAUUUAUUGGUGCAAAUACAUGCCACUCAGAUCUGAGCUUCUGGAAGAAAGCAGUACAAAGAGAAAGCAGUCUCUUACCAGUAACAGAAAUAUUUAAUGAAUGCAGCAAAAGAACAAGUAGCCAUUCUCGGAAUGCACUUCCCUCUAGUCACUUCCGUCCUCCCAUCUCCUAACCACCUGAUUUCUCAACCACUGAGCCUUUUGCAAAGCCACCUUAUCUAAUCUCUUAGCCUUGGGACUGAGAAGCUGCACAUCUUCUGGUGAGAGACAGCCUGUUAUCUCACUGUCUUCCCUUUCUUCUCCUUGCUGUUCACCUCCCAGUUCUGCCCAGCUAUUACCUUCCAAACUGUGACCCUCGGCAAACCGUUGUUCCAAAUCAACACUACUCCACUGCUCCUGUGGAGUUUCAGGAUCCUGGCCAUGAGCAGGGGGAGGGGUAGGCUCCCACCAUUCCUCAUCAGAGUUGUACUCCUCAGCCUGGUCUCUUGACAGUUUCAGACAGGAGACCUGGCUGAGGACAUCUGGGAUUGAACCUGGGACCUUGGGUGUGCGGAGCAGAUCCUCUACUACAGAACUACAGCUUAUGCUGAGUCAGAUCUUUAGUCCAUCCAGCCCAGUACUGUCUGCACUGACAGGCAGCAGCUCUCCAGGGUUUCAGACUAGGGAUGUUCCCAGCCCUGCCCAGAGACGCCGGGGAUAGAACUUGGGACCUUCUGCUUGCAAAGCGGGUUCUCUGCCCCUGGUUCAGUACAAAGCAGCUUCUGGUUGUUCCUAAGACAAUUCUUGGAGAGGCUGGACCCCUCACAGGGCCCAAAGAUGGCAUCUGAUGACCUAUUCAUUCCCAGCAUGGUUGUGGCAAAUCAUCUACCUCUUGCCUCUGCCUUGUUCAGGUCACUCAUCGAUAUUCAGGACUUGUCCAGCAUCAUCUGCGAGGAGACGUUGAAGGCAACGCCAUACGCAACCCCCAGAAGCAGUCACUCGCCCAUGGAUGCCAGCACUCCGCUUAGCCCAGGUAACAGGUGAGGGAUGGAGGAGGUGGGCCUUGGCUGUCAAUCUCAGGUGCUAAUCCCCAGCCCCUGCACUGAUUGAGAGGACUGCCAUUGUGCUGCAAGAAACAGAAUUCAGUAAUCAAGAGCUUCUGCGAGCCUUGAAGCACUGGGCCUAUACAAGAGGCUGCCUGGUGCAUCUCUGCAUGAGCUGUUCAUAUAUAUUAAGCAGUAUAGAGAUGGUCAUACAAAAUGGAUCGGCUGCUCUGGACAAUCUGCCUCUGCAGGCUAUUUUGCAGCAGCUGUGUCAGGAACAUGUUCAGUUGCUUCUGCUGCUGAGACACAGUGGAAUUACUCACUCUUUUAGUAAUGGAGGGGGGAGGCUGCCUGUUGUUUCCCUGCAUAAGUCACUGUUGUUGCCUCCCAGUGUUUCAGGUAAGGAGAUGUAGCUGGAACAUAGACUCAAGCAGGAACAGGAACUGAAUUUCUCUGAAUGCAACUAGACCUUGCUGUUGCGUGCUUUAAAAGCUAAACCUUUGGUGUGGGUGGGUGUGUUAAAGAGGGGAGUGGAUAUUUUAUUUAGGUGGGUGCCUUAGCCAUCUGGAGUUCGGGAAGCCCUGAUCCUGGGGUUCAGCGGUGCUGUUAAAUCACUUAGAUUAGGGGUGAGUAAAAUGGCUUGAGAGGUUUCAUGCCACAUUGUCUCCCUGGUUUUUUUUCAUCAUCCUGGGGUCAAAAUUUUGCUGUCGGGAACACAUUAGAAAUGUUCCCAUAGGAGUCAAUGGAAAGUGCUGACUUGUUAUGCUAACGUUGGCCUGACUGACCAUUUCCUCAGAACAAAUUAUGUUCGGAUAGCAGGACUUUGUGUACAUGUCCCUAGAAAAACCUCUGAGUUGUCCAUGGCUGAAACAUAAGCAACUGGACAAAAGUGCCCAGUUUUUGCCUCUGGCCACACCCACCUCUGGCAUUUGGCCCCUGAAAGGUUGCCCACGGGGGAAUGCAGCCCUUGGGCUGAAGAAGGUGGCCUUUUGUGACUUUUUGCUGUGUGGCAAAAAAAGGGGGAGGUGUUCUUACAGGGCUCCCCCUCUCACUAUGUUUUGCCAUGUCUUUUCAGCACAGGCGCCGCCCAGGUUUUCCUCCACCAUCACGAAGUACAAGGACUACUGCGUGACAAUAGACACGACAGGCUGGGGGAGCCGGGAGGCCUCCCUGUUGGGAUUCAGCACCUUUGCCACUGCCUGUGCCCAAGGGAAGAUCGUAGAGUUGCCCCCCACCCUCCAGCAGCCGUCAGACGCAGUCUCCAAAACGGUGAGUUGAAUUGUGGCCAGACCCACAGGGCAUGUGGGCUUCCCUCCUUCCCAACACAUAAGAAGAACAAGUUGCAAGAGAGAAGUUGUUUGCAACCGCAGCUCAGCUUUUGAACGCGUGCUUCAGGGCUAUGUCACUCAGCGGUGGAGCAUGAUGUGUUCUGCAUGCACAGGGUCCCAUGUUCAGUCCUAGGCCUCUCUGGGGGGCUGGGAAUCAUCCUCUCCCCUGAAACCCUGGAGAGCCACGGCUGCCUGUCAGUGCAGGCAGCACUGAGCUAGGUCAGCUGAUGGUCUAGAUCUGCACAAGGUGCAGUUAACAAUGAAUGCAGUCAAUAUAAUGAUAUAACUGCAUGCCAGGCAGAAAAGUGUUUCUCCCUUAGAAUACUAGAACUUGUGGAGCCUCAAUGAAGCGGGACAUUGGAAGAUCCAGGACAGAGGAAAGAAAAUCCUUCCUCAUGCAGCGCGUAGUUAAACUGUGGAACUCCUUGCCACAGGAGGCAGGGAUGGCCACCAACUUGGAUGGCUUUAAACGAGGAUUAGACAAACUCAUGGAAGAAGAGAGGGCUCUGGAUGGCUACUAGCCUGGAUGCCUCCAUGGUUGGAGGCAGCGAUGCUUCCGAAUACUAGUUGCUGGAAGCCACAGGAGAGCAGAGGGCUCUUGUGCUUUGGUUCUGCUUGCAGAUUCCUCAUUAAAGGCUUUGAGUUAGCCACUGUGAGAGAAGGGGGCUGGACUAGGCAGGCCAUUGGCCUGAUCCAGCAAGCUGUUCUUAUGAGGUUUCCUGAAUGAGUAUAUAGAGAACAAGAAGACCCAAAGUAUGAAAAUAUGCUAUGCUAUCCUUGGAUAUAGCAUGCAUAUAUUUUUAUAUAUAUAUAUAUAUAUAUAUAUAUAUCUCAAAAUGAGGGGGGAGAGAGAAAGAAUUAACACCACAGGUAGGAAAAUAACUGUAACAUAUAAUAGAAGACAAAGCACGGGCUGCAGGUCUGUCUUUGGGGAGAGUUUUGACAGCAAACUCCUUCUUGGAAUGUAGCCCAUUUCUUCCGUCCAUCAGUGGCUAAAGGAAAAUCUUCAGCCACAGCAGCUGCUUUCUUGUUGAUGUGUCGUUCACUACAGAUAUAACCUAAUGUUAUAGAUCAUAUCCCUUUUUUGUUUUUCAAAACGCACAAAUAAUGUACAUUUCCUGAGGAUGCAAAUAGGAUAUUCCACACAAAGUGCGUUCUCCCACUUUUCCCAGUGGCGAAAACAGCAAUAACCGCUGCUUCCACAAAACAUAACUUUAUAGUAGCUGGGAACCUGCUGCCUCAUGUGACUAAUCAGAUAAGUCAAACUUGUUGUUGAGCCAGUCAGGGCUUACACAGAGUUCAGAGUAAAAAUCCAGUUUCCCUCCUACCCAGGCAACUGCAGAAAGAAUCCAACUACAAUAAUGCAGUUACCCCAUCAAGAUUCCUUUGUGUGUGUGUGCUGCAGUUUCAUCAAUUUCGUGUUGUGUGCUGUCGCACAUCAAGAAAUCUAAUUGGGCGGGGUGGGGAGACAUAAACUGAAAAUGGGCAAGCUUCACCCACCCUGAAGCCGAUCUUUGAAACACUCCGACUUGAACUGAAAACCAGGUGUGAUGUGAAACUAUAACUGGAGCAUGGAAUGGGAAAUCCACUUCCUGCUGGUUGUUGGGGGCCAUUUGCUAGUCCUAAGGGGGACCCCUAGGAAACACCCAAACUCGCCAAACCUCGGCACCAGCCUUGCCCUUAAGAGUUUGGUCUUUGUUUUAGCACAGCUUUUCUUAAAAUGUCAAGAAAGCCUCCCAAGAAAACCUCAGAAAGUGAUGUAAUAUGCCCACGUUUGUUAAAGCAACAAGCAGUCGGGGAGACAUUAUCAGUUCUGUGGUGUCAAACAGCCCUUGCUCUGUUCUCUCAGCGCAUUUCCAAGGCAACCUCAGCCGGUCCCCUUGAUCUGUGUUGCUGCAGCUCUUCCCCUCCAUUAUCUCCCCUGCCAUUCAAUAGAAUUCUAAGGAGCUGCCGAGUUCCCCCUGUGCCCCCCCCUCGCCUGCCCGCCCGGUUGUCAUUCAUCGGCAGGGCUGUUGCUGCUUCUAGACGAAAAUUGGAGGUCACCGAACCACAACAGCAGUCGGCAGGUCACUGCCGCCUACUCAGGGACUGGCCAGGCAGCCAGCCGGUGCUUAUUAAACUCAUUAGGGGCCGCAGAUUCAUCUUGGCUGGAGUCUCCGUGCAGAAUUCCAGACCAAGGAGGCCAGGCUGGAAGGAUAAAUGACUAGAGGGAGUUUUCCCUUUAAUCAACUGCUUCCCUCCCACGGAAAAGGGGGGGGGGAAUGUUUUUCGCAAUUAGGCAAGGGCCAGGCAUGUUCCCUCCCCCAAAAACAUGACCAGCUUUGCUCAUCAGUCAGCAUGGCACGAGAAGCUUUUGUAUCCCCUAGUGUGACUGAGCGGGGAGGCAGGGAGUAAGGACAAAUUAUUUUCACUAAUCCGGAGAAGGGCCAUAACUCAUAGGCAGAGUGCGUGCUAUGCAUGCAGAAGGUCCCGGGUUCAGCCCCCCAGAAUCUCCAGGUGGGGCUGGGAGAAGCUCCCUGUCUGAAUUCCCGGAGAGUCGCUGCCAGUCAGUGUUGGCUUAGCGGGGGAGGUUGAAGGAGCUGGCUAUGCCAAUCAGCCUUGCAAUAUGUGGCCCUGCCUCUCCAGGGCAGUGAGGGGGGGGAUGUUGGCCCCCUCUUGUCAGUAUGCCUCCUGCUUGUCUCCCUGCCCCCAUGGGCAUUUACCAUAAGCAACUGAUGAUCUUUUUUCAUAAUUCUCUAUAAAGCUAUUUUCAUAGUACUUUGUUCAGCCAGGAAGUGCAAAAGCUGGUAAGUAACAUAAGUUUUUAAGGGAAACGGGUGGCGCUGUGGGUUAAACCACAGAGCCUAGGACUUGCCGAUCAGAAGGUCGGUGGUUCGAAUGCCCACGACGGGGUGAGCUCCCGUUGCUCGGUCCCUGCUCCUGCCAACCUAGCAGUUCGAAAGCACGUCAAAGUGCAAGUAGAUAAAUAGGUAAACGGGAAGGUAAACGGGAAGGUAAACGGCGCUUCCAUGCGCUGCUCUGGUUCACCAAAAGCGGCUUAGUCAUGCUGGCCACAUGACCCAGAAGCCGUACACCGGCUCCCUCGGCCAGUAAAGCGAGAUGAGCGCCGCAACCCCAGAGUCGGCCACGACUGGACCUAAUGGUCAGGGGUCCCUUCACCUUUUUUAACCUAAGUUUACCUGCAAGAUCACCUGAUGCUGUGUAGUCUGCUUCAAUCUGCAGAGCAGGCACUGGUCACAGGUGCCACAAAGCACUCAUUCCACGUUUGUAAGAAAGUAAUCUUUUAGCGUGGCAGCAUCCACACUUUGGAACUCCCUGCUUAUUGACACGAGGCAGGUGCCUUCACUGUACCCCUUUCGGCACCUGCUAAAAGCAUGUAGAGUCGAAAGGGACGACAAGGAUCAUCUAGUCCAACCCCCUGCAAUGCAGGAAUCUUUCGCCCAACAUGGGGCUCGAACCCACGAACCUGAGGUUGAGUCUCGCACUCUUACCAGCUGAGCUAUCUUGUUUUUAAAUGGAUGUUUUUACUGAUUUUAUUGUUCUUUUCGUAAACUGCUUUGUGUCUUCCCCCACAAGAUUCAAGGGGUAUAUAAAUUGUUGGCAAUAAAAUAAAUAGAUGACGCUUCCAGCUGCAUAUUACUCCAGGAGAGCAGGGUGUGUGGACCAAGUGAAUCUGUACCAAAGUCCACAAUUCCUUUAAGCACACACCCCUGUUUCUGACGCAGCCAGGGUUAAUUCUGAUCCAAGGAAAAGGGAGCUGGGGCCUCCCUUGUCGAUCUUAACACCUUUAAAAAAACAAAACUCUGAGCAUUUAUGUUUCACAGGGUGCCUCUUCGGAACCCCCUGGCGUACAGUUGCACCUUCAGAGGGGUCAGAAAGAAUUGGAGGCUCCCCCUUCUGCUCAGGAGAGCCAGCUCCAGGAAGGUAGGGCAGGCAGCGUGCAGAUUGAGGGCUCAGCCUGAGUCUCAGUGCAAUGUUUGGAGACACCCCGUUGUUGAAACAAUGGCUACCAGCCCCUACUAUGUAUUUAUGCAUCUUCUUCCAUUAAGGCAAUGCACAGGAUAAACCUAGUUUAACCUAGAGACCUACUUAUCCUGUGGGGGAAAGCUUGUUGAUGGCGAUGUUAUACCUCCACUCUUGGAGGCAGUGAAUCCCAGUUCCUGAGAUUGCUGCUGUUGCUCUCAGGUCCUGCUUUCAGCCUUCUCCUUGGGGGCAUUUGAGCACAGUGAGAACUGAGGAUGCAUUACCAGAUGUGCCCCAUUUGACCCUGAUCCAGCAGCCCAGCCCUUCUGAUGUUCUGAACUCUCUGUGUUCUAUGGGCUUCGCCAGUUUGCUUAACUUUGCCCUUUGCCCUCCCACUUGUAAAUAUUUUAAUGGGGCAGCAAAAGAUGUAAUCUAGUCACCCACCUUUCCAUCUGUUGGUUCUUCACACAUGCAGGAAUAUAACGUCCCUUCCACCACACACCACCUCAUCAGCAGCCCCUAAAGGCCCACCGAACUCAGCUCCCUAAAUACUACAAUUUAUAAAAUGCAACCCAAUUCAGAUGUGCGAAUAAAUGCAAAUAAUGGAGCACGACAGCUGCCCUGAUGCUUUGAAAAUACAGUGGUACCUUGGUUUAUGAACUUAUGAUCUGUUCCGGAAGUCCGUUCUUAAACCGAAACCAUUCUUAAACCAAGGUGCGCUUUCCCUAAUGAGGUCUCCCGCCGCCGGUGCCCUUCCGCCAUUCGGAUGCCAUUCUUAGAGCGAGGUAAAGUUCUCAAACCAAGACACUCUUUCUGGUUUUGUGGAGUUUGUGAACCAAAUUGUUCUUAAACUGGACUGUUCUUAAACCGAGGUACCACUGUAGAUCACAAAACCAUUCCUGGAAGCUCCUUCGAAGUUGCCAGUGCGGUAAAGUGUAAUUUCAAUUUUUAUAGAAGGCGCAGGCUGGAUCGGGUGUCCAUUGCCAGAUCUUGAAACUGGCUGAGCUAGGGAUUGUUUGGCAAAAACGCUCCAGAAUAUCUCCAGCUCUUUGACUUAUCCUAUUAAUGCUCUUUUGAUGCCAGUGAUUCCUGAGCAAGCAGAUCCAGAAGAUCAAGAAAUAAAGCUGGAGGAGUGCAAAGCUGAUGGCAGCCUCUGGAACAAUGACACUUUGUGUCUAGAAGAAGAUACAGACAGGUACACAGCAAGCUUCUAGAACUGGGGUGGGUGGGUGUGAGAGAGAUUAAUUUUGCUUCAGUCCAGCAAGAUGGGCUCUUUCCAUUGCCAAUUCCCUGAUCACUUAAGGCAGAGGUGUUCAACCCUUUUGAGUCCACGGCUCCCUUAACCAACUGCAUUCUUUCUGCGGCACCCCUGUGGGGCUCAGGAGCCCAGUUCUGUCACCCCCUUGCCCGCAGAGCUGGCAGCCUCUCGCCCUUUUCUGAACAACCCCCUUGCGGAGUGCUCCCUCAGCCUCCUCUCCUCUCCCCUCCGGGCAGCUGCUGCCACCGUCCCUGGUCUCUGAACUGCCCUCCCGCGCCAAAGAGGUGCUUACUCUCACUGCCCCACAGGGGCCUGGGACUUGUCUGUCCAUUCCCAACAGUGAGGGCUGACGGACUGGCUGGCCGGGCUUUUCUGAGUCUGCUUCAGCUCCUGGCUGAAGCUCCAGAGGCACCAUUCGCCAGCUCCAGAGGCACCAUUCGUCUGCAGAGCUUAUAGCCAGGGCUGCUGCAAUAAACAUCUGUGCAAGCCUUCAGGAGGCAGAGGUGCGAGAUGGCAUCAGAGGAGGGAGGGAAGGAAAGAGGGAUAGAGGCCAGUGUUGCCUGCAGCACCCCUGACCAUCAUUCAAGGCACCCCAGGUUGCCAUGGCGCACUGGUUGAAAACCACUGACUUAAGGAGCCCAAUCAGCCUUUUAAUGCUUCUGCUGUUGUAAAGAAGUAGUGCUGAAUAAAGCUUUGCCUCCACCUGCCGAAAGCUUGCGGAGAACCUUUGCCCGGCACUUCACUGCGUUCCAGAGUUCUUAAAUCAGCUCUGCAGCAUUUCUCUGCAGUUGGGUAAAGGUAAAGGUAAAGGGACCCCUGACCAUUAGGUCCAGUCGUGGCUGACUCUGGGGUUACAGCACUCAUCUCGCUUUAUUGGCCAAGGGAGCCAGCGUACAGCUUCCGGGUCAUGUGGCCAACAUGACUAAGCCACUUCUGGCGAACCAGAGCAGCGCACGGAAACGCUGUUUACUUUCCCAUCAGAGCAGUACCUAUUUAUCUACUUGCACUUUGACGUGCUUUCGAACUGCUAGGUUGGCAGGAGCUGGGACCGAGAAGUGGGAGCUCACCCCGUCACGGGGAUUAGAACUGCCGACCUUCUGAUUGGCAAGUCCUAGGCUCUGUGGUUUAACCCACAGCGCCACCCAUGUCCCUGCAGUUGGUUACUUGAAUGCAAAAGUCUUACAAACUGGUUUUCUAGCACGCCUCCCCCCAAAUAAGCGUGCAUACAAUUAAAAUAAAGAUAAAACAACACCCAUCAGAACUGCAAUGUUCAGAAUUCAAUAAGUUACAAUUCAACGGGGUGUGGGGGGCAGCAUCAUCUCAUUGAUAAAGCACCUGCCUUGCAUGCAGAAGACCUCAGGUUCAAUCCUCAAUGGCAUUUCCAGUUAGGGGGAGGGAGAGACUCCCUGCCCGGCAUCUUGGAGAGCUGCUGCCAUUCAGGGUAGAAAAUGCUGAGCUAGGUGGACCCAACAAGUCUUGUCUCUGUAUAAAGAAGAUUCCUGUGUUCAUAAUAAUAAAACAAACCUUGUUAGCAUAGCAGCAAGGAUGCAGAGUGAAAGAAGCAGAGAAGCCAACAUUCAAUGUCAGCCAGCGAUGAAGGGCAGUAAAAAAGUGCAUUGAAAUUCUUUCUUCAAACUCCCUUUGCAGGCCUAAUAACCUUGAGUGGUAUCAGUAAAAGGCAGCGAUAGAGAAAAUGGUUUUCUCUCUCUCUCUCUCUCUUUCUCUCUCUCUCCCUCCCCCCUCCCGUGUCUCCACCCCACCAAGCACCCAGCCCUUCAACAUGCCAGCAUCCUUUCUAAUAAUCUGGAUUUUGGGAGCAUGUGUUUCCUUUUCUUUUGCAGGGCUCACUCAAGCCUUGAUGAUGUUUUGGAAGCUGUCCUCAGGCCAGUUGCCGACAGUCGCAACCCUCGUGCAGAGCCAUCAGCCCCCAUCAAGAGGUUAGUGAAGUGACUGACAACCCAUUCGUAUCACCCAAGAAAGACUGUUCUCUGCUUGUGACAAUGAAGGGAUGUCAGUGGAGCUGGAAAACUGACUAGUGCCAGAAGCAGCAGCAUAUUAGAAAGCGCUGGACAGAGAUCCCACACUGAUGCUCGCUAGCGGAUUGAGGUGGAUUGAGAAAAAGGCAAAUGUACCUGGCAGACUUAAGGAUAGGUCUGUACCAGCUUGUUUCUAUACUGCUUGGCUCAGUGCAGACAUAACAGUAGCUCAGAGGUGGGAGAACUUGCUGAAUAUUACAAUUCCUUGAUCCUUGUCCAAGCUGUCUCGGGUUGGUGGAAGUUGGAGUCUAGUAACAUCUGGAGGGUCAUUGAUUCUCUCAGCUUCCUGCUUGAAAACUCCUCAUGCAGCGGCUUAAUCAAUGGCUUUAUUAACCAGGAGCAAACCAUGCUCUCCAGCUGCAGUUUCUUGUUGGUUUAUAAACUGUGGUUAAUGUUAACUAUGGCUUAGCAUUACUGGUGAACACAGACCUUAUAAAUAACACUGAGCUAAAGGGAGCAAUGGACUUGGUGUAAACUAAUUCUGCCCACAGUGAACUUAUUGACGUUAGUCAUGUGCAUUAACUUCAGUGGGUCUACUUUUAGUAGGACUAGCAUUGGCUGCAACCCUAUGACCCUAACCUGGAGAAGGGCCUCCCAUGAAGAUCUCAAGGCCCAGGCAGGUAUAUAUACAGGAGAAGGUGAUUCUUCCAAGUAGACAUGGAUGAAACUGUUGACUUCUGCUCUCAUGGGUUUUCCUUUUCCCAUUCUAAAAUUCAAUUCUCCACACUUCAACAGCUAUUGGUAAUUAUUAUUAUUAUUAUUAUUUAAUUAUUAUUAUUAAAAGCUUAUGAAAAUUUGUAAGUAUUCCGGUGUAGGUUUCUCCAAACUAUGCAUUUUUGAAUGCAAUUUUUAACUAAGGUACACAUUUUUACAAGCAGUCUUUCUAACUGUAUUGCAUCACUGUGUAUUCCCCCACAAAUACCUGCCUUUAUAUGCACACUAUUUUUUCUACCUAUCAUUUGGUUGGAGAACUGCGCCGCAAAUUUCACAGAAGGAUGAAUUUUGAAGGCUACCUGGGUUUCAUUUCUCGUGCUGUUUCAGAAAGGGCUGCUUUUGUAGGUCCACCUUUAAAAUUGUUUCCAGAAGAGCCGAUUGGAUAGAUGCCAUUAAAAACGGGCCGCACCCCAAAGCUGCCCCUGACACAACACCUCUCUGUCCCCUAAGGGAGCCAAGCCACGCCCAUCACGGAAACAUUGAGAUGAGGGACGGAGCAGAGGACAGCUUCAGCGAAUCGGAGGGUUCUGCCGAGAAUGUUGAAGGUCUGUCUUGAUCCAUAAAAGAAACAUGGAACCGUGACCCUGCAUUGUGUCUUUUUAGUGUUCUUUUUUUUUCAAGUGUUGAGUUCGAAACCUCACCAAGCUCAAAACAAAUCAAAUCUAAUGGACAAGAGGUCCAUCAAUGGUUACUGGCCAUGGUGGCUUGUGCUCCACCUCCACAGUUGCUUUCAAAUGCCAGUUGCUGGAAACCACAGGAGGAGCAAAUGCUUUUGUGCUGAGGUCCUGCUCCUGGUUUUCCACAGGCAACUGGUUGGCCACUGAGAGCAGGGCACUGUGUGCGCUAGAGAGGCCUUUGGCCUGAUCCAGCAGGCUCUUAUGAACGAUGAAGGGGGAGAACCAGGUUUAUGCAAGUGUGACCCUCUUUGCAUGGCGAGUUCCUGCCUCCCCCCAAGGAAAUAAAGACACAGGACACAAGAAUUCUGGUUAAUGGGUCGAAUUAGGCCACAACUUUAUUGAGUACAGGAAUUGAGCGGUAUUGGCUUAGGCAUUGGUCCUAACAACUAACCGGCAUGAAGGCCGGUAAGGGUUAACCACCAGUGGGAGGAGUCCUGCUGAGGCACAUCAACUAGGACCUCCCCCGGUGUCACCGCGUGGGGGCGUGGCGUAGGCCCACACCUGCUUAGGCUUAGGACAAGGCCACGCCCCCCAGAAUCCUUUACUGGACUACCCUUUGUUUGGGGGAAGGUGAUGGUGCUCCUUCCCACCCUUCAUCUGCAUAACAAUAGAUCAAUACCCCCACCAAUGCCUAACCGCCAAUACCGAGGAGUUGUGAUGGUUUGCUACGAGGUAGGCGAAAACCAAAUGGCUGGAGCCAAUCUGCCAUUUGGAAAAAUUCCUACCAGGCCCCUUGACGGCGACCGGCCGAAGUUCAUAGCAACGUCAGACAACCUGCCUAAAGGGUGGGAAGGGAGGGAAAAACCAAGUCCGCUGCAGCGAUAGAAAGAGGGGGAGCCUCGGCGGCGCCAGACCUAAAUAGGCGAGGCCACGCUCCCAGCGCCAGCUGAUUGGCUGGCCCGGGGUAUGACGCGGCCAAGGAUUCCCCUUGCUAUCACGGGGGCUGGAGCCAGCCCCCGCGAGUGUGGGGAAGGGGCGUGAAGCCCACAACCCCACCUCCUCCUUAUCUUCAUAAGUAGCUUUGUGGCAAGACCUUUUCAUCCAAAAUGCUUGCUCAGCUCGUUGCGAUGUGAAACUUCUCACUGGUUCCCUUCCCCAAAUAGCGCACACACCCCAAAACCACCCACCCACAUCCACCACUCAGACUCCACUGGAGCAGAAACUCAUCUGCGCCCUGCAAGGCCCCUACCUGGGCCAUGACCCCCAGUAAGCGUGCACUGGGGAUUGGGACCUGGGACCUUCUGCAUACUGAGCAGGUGAUCUGCCGGGGAGUUAGAGCUCCUCUCCUAACCUUGUUAGGCAGGAUUUACAGCCGCCUGCGGAAGAUUGCCUUGCGAGGGAUUAGGCCGACUAUGAAACCGAAGCAGCCGCUAGAAGGAAACCAAUUUUUCACGUCUCGCUCAAAUGUGCCUGAUGCAUCCGUUUGAUAUAGUAGGUGCUUAGGAACAGGAGGCCAGACGCCUCGUUUAUUUUGCAAAAUGGGAUUGCUUUUCAAAACACAAUCUUUUUGGUUAAGCUCAUUCUCCUCCCACACCCUCCCCGGUCCCACGCAAUAUCUAAAAAUCAGUAAAACGGCAUGCUUUUCCUCCUCUCUCUUGCAUAACACAAGAAUGGUGGCAUCGGGGAGGGAGAUGCUGGGAAAGCCUUGCCAGCUGUCCUCUUGAGGCUGCUUGACCAACUUCUUUGUGGAUCUAGAGGGCCCAUGUGCACUGGGAGACCUGGAGGGUAGCCAUCCAACAGGUGUGUAGGCUUCAUGGCCCCGGCAGUCAUUUGCACACUUCUCUCAGUCUAGUCCACCCUGAUAGGGGAGCCUCUCCUUACCAUUCAGAUUCUGACAGGGCGACGGCAUCUCAUUUUUCCUGUGCUUGUUCUGAAGAGAUGAACUGUGUGCAGCCGAGUGCCAAAGCAGGGAUUGAUGCUGCCUGCAGGAACCAAGACUUUCUUUGAAGAAAAGAAAAGAAAAAAACACCACCAAAAACGAAACAAAAACAGCCUGAAGGGUAAAAACAUGAACCAUAUGCUCAAAAGAUAACUUAAUGAACACUGUUAUAUUUUAUACAGGAAUGUGUGAAAAAAAAACAACCUACCACGUUGUGUUAUUUCCGCCAGUGAUCCCUCUCCAGCUGCUUACAAAUAGUCCCCGCUCCACAGUGGGAGGCUGUGCCAUUGCGGUGGGAAAGGGGGCACCGUUUAGCUGACGCAUCCUCUGGGAUCCCCUGAUUUCUGUGGGUGCAAAAACACCUGCACCAAACCCCAGAAGCAGCCUCUGUGCCAGUAUUGACUGUGGGUUUGGAAAGGAGGAGACUCCAGGACCAGAAACCUGUGGCCCUGUGGGUUUUUUUGGUAAUUAAUAAUGCUUUUAUUAAACAAGGUCUCAGAGGUGAGAGGUUUGCUGUGCACCAGUACCCUUUGAGGGGAGAAAAACCACAAAAGAUUGACUUACCAACAGCAAUAAACAAAGAAAUGCAGUCCAUCCUCCUGACCCAUUUACUCCACAAGUCCUGUAGGAACAAAAAGGACUGUGCCUUGCAGAGGCAUCAUCAAGAACAAGCCCCGGCUGCAAUCCUAUGGGUGCUUACAUGGGAGUGAGUCCCCCAAGUAAACAUGCAUAUAUAGGUCUAUGCCGUAGCUCUACAAACUUGGGAUAAGUCACUUGGGGUUCACUUUUGCAUUAAAUGUGGACUGUUGGGGUUGUUAAAUGCUUAACCAAGUGCCCCAGUCUAGUUUUUUUAACCACCACUUUGGCCCUGCAAAGGGGGAUGGUGGAAGUUACAGAGCCAUCUCCCACAUCAUCUCUUUAGGGAAGCUUUUAAUGUUUAGCAGACUACUGUAUUUUAAUACUCUGUUUGAAGCCGCCCAGAGUGGCUGGGGAAACCCAGCCAGAUGGGCGGGGUAUAAAUAAUAAAUUAUUAUUAUUAUUAUUAUUAUUAUUAUUAAUUAUUACCAUGCUGGAGGCAAAGCUUUUAUUUCAACUAAAAUGUAAUCUAAGGUGUGCUUUAAGAAUGAAAUGCACACAUUUCUGCUCUCAUCCAACUAGAAGAGUGACACUGCUGCCCACAUUCAUUCCCUCUCUCUACUCUUUGGGGGAGUGAACGUAGUACUCCAGAUGUUGGACUACAGGUCCCACCUUCCUUGGCUGCUGGGAGUCUACACUUUUCCCUUCUACCAAUUCUGCAAGUCUUCACCAUAGUCCAACGGCAUGUUCCAUUCAGAGACAUCCUAAGUACUCCUUGUUCGUGAAGGACUGCUCCCUUUCAUUUUAAUGGAGAGGCUUAGCAUGUACCUUUCACGUUCAACACAUUCCCUUCUCUUGGGAACUGCAGGAGGGGAAAGUACUCGUGCUUGGGUCAGGUUUCCCACAGGCAUCUGGUUGGCCACUAUGAGAACAGGAUGCUGGACUGCAUGAACCAUUGGCCUCAUCCAGCAGGCUCUCUAUGUUUGUACCUUCAGCCGAGCCACCCUAGGUCUUAAUGCGAUGGGCUGCGUGGUUACUUGAAUUCAAAAGGUAACCAGAAGGAGGUAGGAAUGGAAAAACCUGUCAGUUUCACUGUCUGGACAUUACAUUCCAGGAGUGUGCAAUCUGUGUACACAAAUAGCCGAGUUGUACACCUGCACAGUUAUUUAUACGUAAUGCACAUUCAUUGUCCACUUGGGUGCAUAACUGUAUUAAUCAAUGAAUGAUUCCCACAGGCACUUGCAAAUGCAUGUAAUGUGCAAAUAAGCCUUAUGUUUAUUCUCCCAGUCUGAAAUUUGGUUUGCAGUUUAAAACAAAAGCUCUCGUGGUGAUUCAUCAGCGUUAGACACAUUUUUGCAAACAAUUUCUUUUAAUACAGUGCAUCUUGAUAUGUCCAUCUCCCUGACAUAGACACUUUAUGGACCCUUUUAUCCUAGUAUUUUUAAUAUUUUGUUGGAAGCCAGCCAGAGUGGCGGGAGAUGUGUGUGUGUGUGUGUUAAUAUACAAUUUUUUAUUGUUUUGGGGGAGCUAUACUGUGCAAGUCAGGGAUGUGUGGAUGUUGACAGUUUCAUUUUUGGUUUGCAUAUUGUUCUGGGAAGUUUAACACUGAUUCUCAUUAAAAUGCAAACAGUAAAUGAACCCCCACCCACCCCUCGUAGACCCCUGCAGCGAUUCUUUCUCCUCCUCACCCUUGUUCUCCGAUAAAAGGUCUGAGACCAAUGAGGUGCUUGAAAAUCUCACGGGCAAAGCAACACCCCAUUUACUUCUUUGGGGCAGCUUAGGCUGGAACUCUGUCCGCUCUAUGAGGUUCACUGUUAGCUGUCAACGUGGGAGCCAGUUCUUGUGAUCACCCUGCAGGUGGAAGCUUCUCUUCCUCGCCCCCUGCACCUUUUUGUCUCACUUGAAUUCUUGGAACACGUUUUUAAAGAAUUGAAAGUGACAUCAACCGGCCGAGGAUCCUAGAGGAGGAGAUGCCAGACAGUGUCAGGAAACAGAUUAUUAAGAACAUGUGCUGCGCAAGCCGUCUUGGGAAUGCAGUGUGGGUGGGUUGGUGCAACUCAAUUUAUUCAAUUCUGUCACAAGAUAUUGCUUAUGCCAGUCCAGGAGACUGCCACCUUGUCUGGUGACAAGCCUUGAAUAGACGGAGUUGUCCCUCAGCUCAGCUUGGAACAUGUCAUGAUCACAGCAGUUCUUUUAUAAUGAACUGUUUCCUAGCGCCAGUAGAGUCUUUCUUCCUUACCUGAAUCCUGGAUAAGAAACAAGAAACCCAGGUCUGCCUAGUGGUUGCUGGGUGGCUUUUUUGCACUUUGGUUAGGGAUGGGCGAAUUUGUCAAUUUCAAUUUACCUCUGCUGCUCAUUUUUUCCAGGCUUAAGUUCAGUUCCCCACGCCAGUUUGCAAUUUUUAAAAAAGGACACAGCAUCCACCUCAAAACUAAAGUCUACUUCCACCUCCAUCGCAUGGGUUCUUAGGGCCAUCUUUCCUGCUCUCAUGGAAUAACAGCACUGAGAAAUUUGGAGAAGUGCAAAUUUCAAAGGGUGGCAGCUGUGGUUCAGGGUAUGCAUUGUUUCGGGAAGUGCGAAAUUUGGUGCGUCCACUUUUAAUUGCGAACUGAGCCAAAUUUCUUCUCCGUUGCUACGCCAUCCCAGUGCAGGGACGAACACUGGGCUUUGGGUUCAGAUUAUGAGAAUGGGGGAGAUAAUAGAUUUGGUUUGCCUUGAAAGGUGAAUCUGCCUAAUUCAUACUACUUCCCCUUCAAAUCCACCCCCCGGAAGAGCUGGACGGGCUGUGGCUCAGUGGUGGAGCAUGCAGGAGGUUUCUGAUUCAAUCUUUAUACCUCUGGGGCAGGCUGGCAAACAUCCCCUCUGCCUGAAACCCUGGAGAGCCAAAGUGAGUCAGUGUAGACCAGUGGCUCUCAAACCUUUUCCUCUGGUCCACACUUUUCAGAAUAAAAAUUUGCUCCACGCCGAAUUUUUUAUUGAUAAAAAAUACAUCAGAAACCAAAACAACAAUGAGCAGUGUUUGAUUUAUAAGACGGAACACAACUGUUUUAUAAUAUAAUCACAGGACAUCCAGAAAGUAUGAAACAACGCAGCUACCAAAAAACGUGAGUCGUUUCCAAAAUAUAAACAAGCCUCUUAGAUAUGUACCUUAAGUAUGGAUACAAGCUUAUUGAGAGGCUUGAGCUUGCUUUUGCCUGACAAUCUCCUUUAUAUUAGGUCUAAAUUGAGACAAACACUCAUCUCCUCAUCAAUGCAAUUAAGCCUUUCUCUUUUCUGAUCUUUCAUACUUGUCAGAGUAGAAAAAUCCCUGUUCACAACAAUAUGUGAUGGGGAACUGUGGAAGAAUAGCCAAUGCUCUUGAAGAGAAGUGGGGAUACUGUUUCUGGUUGUAUACCCAAAAAAAGAGUCCUGUGUUUCAUUUUCAAGGUGUGAGCGUGCAAAAUGCAGGCCAUUUCCUCUUCUUCAUUCAAUGUCAGCCCUGAACAGCUGCGGUUCGAAAAGGGGUCUGUAACCUGGUCAAAGUUUUCUGUAGACGACGGUGGGAAGUAAUUAUCAAAUCUUUUUCCACCAGUGUUGCAACAUGUCCCUGUACGAGGCUGCAAAAUUCAUUGCUUGUCUUAAAACUUCUUACCAGUGGGAACAUUCUGAAGUUUCUUUGAAUCUUCCCGCAACACUUGCCAUUGUCUCCUGCCGCACCGUCUGAGAACCACUAGUUUGGAUUAUACUACGGAGUAUAUUUGUUAUUGUAAGGUUGGAUUUGUUGUGUUUAUAAAAGGAAAAAACUAAUUAAAAAUUAUACGGGGAGAAAAAUUGUUUGGACUAUACUGAGCUAGAUGGGGCAAUAUUCUGCCUCUUUCAUAAUUGGCACUCUGUGUUCUAUGGAAGGCAAAUGCUUCCCCACCAAACUUGCAUACCCAGCAUGUGUCAGCACACAGAGAGUGAACAAGCAGCAGAAAGCAUCACUUCCUCACUUUGCAAAUUAUUAGUGACAAAUUCUCUUUUUGUUGCUCUUUGCAAAUUUAACCCCCGUCCCCUUCUUUUCCUCUAGUGAUAGUCAACGGAGCGCUGCUUAACAUUUAAUUAAUUGGAUUAAGUCCUGAUGGUUGUAAACAAAAAGCAGAUGAAUUGUAUUAAUUGGGAGAAAACGAAGCGACCGGUGGCACCAGGCGGGAGUGGGUGGGAGCGCAAGCAUGGCUUUAAAAAGGGGAAAGGCACUCUUAAUUAAUUAAUUUGCAGCAAACUCCUCUCUGGAUAAUUACGCUCAGCAUGGACCCGUCAGUGCAAUUAGCUCCCACUUGUCACUUAAUAUCAAUCUGUUUGGGUUCAGGUGUUCAUGGAAGGCAGGCUCAACAGGAAUCGCAGGGCAUCCUGCCCUAGACCAUGAAUGGCAAGUGAUGAUUUAUUGUCCUCACUUACCCUUCAUGCUCACUUCCUGUUUUCCUACCUAGCAAAGUGAGGGCAGAAGAAGAGCUAUAGAACAGGGAAAGAGACAUGCCUUCUGCAGUCAGCCCAAAUGUAUUCUUUUCUCAGUGGAGAAACUCCAUCAGUUGUCAAGGAGAUAAGUAACUAUACAACCUUUAGAAGACGUCUGAAGGCAGCCCUGUACAGAGAAGCUUUUAAUGUUUUAUUAUAUUUUUGUAUAUGCUGGAAGCCGCCCCGAGUGAUUGGGGCAACCCAGUCCGAUGGGUGGGGAGCAAAUAAUAGCAUUAUUAUUGUUUCCUCAUCUUCUCAUCACGUAGGGGAAGUCAGCUUUCAAAGGCACCAAUUGGCUAGUGCCUGUGAUGUUGACAGCAUGGUUCCCUCACCCCCAAAAAAUAUUUCCUGCAUUAUUAUUUUUUAAAAAAUGGUCCAGGAUGGCUGCAUACAUGCAUGAAAAUGUACACAUGCUACUUUUAAAAACAGAUGUGAAAGAUAGGCGAAGCACGGAGAUAAGGACCAGACUGAUGACUGAUAAUUCAGUCUAUUUGUUUGCGCAAGGCACCAUAUUUUUCGCUCUAUAAGACGCACCAGACCAUAAGACUCACCUAGUUUUU